CUUGCUCAUUGCUUGCUGUUUUUAUUACUGCGUAAAGUGAGGCCUAAUCAUGCAGUUGUUUUGCUAGCAGUGACUCCCUUGCUAUGACAGCCUCUGGAGUGUUAAUUAACCAGCUUUGCUGUUGAAAAAAUAAACUGCCCUUUCCUUAAAAAGCAAACAUUUCAAUCUGUGUCUUAUGUUUUGAUUUUUUAGAUGGAUUUGCUGAUGUAAAGAAAAGUGACUUGGAUCUCUCCUGGCUGCUUACUAGACUACACUGUUGAGGUAUUUUUUAAAAUGAUAAACAUUUUUGUUUUUGAUUCUCAUAAUAGUAGUUGCAUGACUGAGAAUCAUCUGAUCUGCAGUUACAGAUGGCGAGUGAUGUGUUGGGUUACUCCUGGUCAGCAAGAGAAAGCCACAGUUGUAACUUCCUAGUUUUUGUUUUGGGGUUUUUAUGUCUUGAAAUAUGUUUUCCAAUUUCUAAAGUCCCAUAUCAUUGGCACACUGAAGGGAUUCUGCAAAUGUUUAUUGGAUCUUGGUAGGAAGCUGUCAAAAUGUGCUGUCUACUUGGCUUACAUAUACAAUUCCUUAAAGGCACAUUCCAAGUACUAAAACUGCUUCAGCCCAGUUCUGCACCCUCCCAGAGUAAGUUGUCCAAAGUGUUGAACAAUUUGAAAACCUAGCACCUGCUGCCUGCUCCCCUACAACUGGAAACUCUGCCAUUAAGCUAAGCAUUGUCAUUCAGGGUUGCACUCGUUGUCUUUCACCAAUUGGCAAGCCCUGUCUGGCAGGACUUAAUUCACUGCAGCUAAUGGAAGCUCUUUGCAGGUGAAUUGUAAAACUCCUUGCGGGUAAGUUGUAAAACUGUUCUUAAAUGGUAAAUUACUUAUUCUAAGAGGGUUCCAGACAGAACCUGUAGGGCAGCAGACUGUAGGGCAUGUUGCGCUUAUGAGUAUUCAGUUAAAAUUUAUAUACAACCUUACUUUUAAAACUUCGUGCAUGAGAAAGAAAUAUGUUCGAGGAAAUAUUCAUCAAGAACAGCUAAAGUGCUUGAGUAUGUAGGUUUAAAUGGGGGAACCAAGUAUUACAUAGUGACUCUUACAGAAAUGCGACCAUGUCUUAAAGGACCACUCUAGGCACCCAGACCACUUCAGCUUAAUGAAGUGGUCUGGGUGCCAGGUCCCUCUAGGGAUAACCCAUUCUUUCAUAAACAUAGCAGUUUCAGAGAAACUGCUAUGUUUGUGAAUGGGUUAACCUUUUCCCCCUAAUCCUCUAGUGGCGGUCUCAUUGACGGCCACUAGAGGCGCUUGCGUGCUUCUCACUGUGAUUUUCACAGUGAGAGCACGCCAGCGUCCAUAGGAAAGCAUUAUGAAUGCUUUCCUAUGUGACCGGCUGGAUGCGCGCGCAGCUCUUGCGGCGCGCGGCCCGACGGAGGAGAGAAGGAGGAUCAGAGGAGGAGAGCUACCCGCCCAGCGCUGGAAAAAGGUAAGUUUAACCCCUUUUCCCCUUUCCAGAGCCGGGCGGGAGGGGGUCCCUGAGGGUGGGGGCACCCUCAGGGCACUAUAGUGCCAGGAAAACGAGUAUGUUUUCCUGGCACUAUAGUGGUCCUUUAAUAAAGGAUAUUUUUCAAUUUUGUUUGGAUGCAUUGAUGCUUUCGAAAAAAACGCUUAUUCCUUUACCAUUAGUGAAUUAUGUCAUGUCAUGUUAAAAUUCCAGGAUUUCAUGCUUAAUGACUAAAACCCAUAAAAUUCAACACAAUUAACGCCUGUUAACAUUUGGUGUGGUUAAAUGUCGAUGUAUGAUGUGAUUGUAAGCACUUAAAGGAACACUAUAGGGUCAGGAUUACAAUUGUGCAUUCAUGACCCCAUAAUGUUACAAAAAGAGAUGUUAGGUGUCCAGGCCCCCCUUAAAUAUGGUUAAUAGUUACCUUUUAUUUAAGUGUUGUGCAGGUGCACGGCCUCACCCUCGCUCCACCUCCUUUGCCAGGCCGUAUCUUUUCAUAGAGAUGCAUUGAAUCAAUACAUUUCUAUGGGAAGCGUUCGGCAUCUCCAUGCAGAGCGCAUGAGUGACUGCCACUAGAGGUGUUCCUAGGCUGUAAAUGUAAACACUGCAUAGAGUCCCUUUAAGGGUGUGUGAUAGUCAAGAUUAGGCAGUUAAAACAAACAGAUCUCAUUCCAAAUUUGUGUGUGUUUUUCUAACACUACAGAGCUACCAAAUUUGUAAUCGGACAGCAAUGUUCUAAAUCCACAUUAAAGGAACACUAUAGUCACCAGAACUAAUUCUUAUUGUAUUUGUUCUGCUGAGUAUAAUCAUUCCCUUCAGGUAUUUUGCAGUAAACACUGUCUUUUCAGAGAAAAUGCAGUGUUUACAUUACAGCCUAGGGAUAACUCCACUGGCCACUCCUCAGAUGGCUACUAGAUGUGCUUCCAGUGCAGCACUCCCUUUCAGUGUCUCCAUCAUAGAGAUGUAUUGAUUCAAUGUAUCUCUACGAGGAGAUGCUGAUUGGCCAGGGCUGUGUUUGACUUGUGCUGGCUCUGCCCCUGAUCUGCCUCCUUCAGUCAGCCAAUCCUUUGGGGAAGCAUUGUGAUUGGCUCAGACCACCAUUUCUGAUUAUGACAGCAGGCAGGUCAGAGGCAGAGCCAGCAGCUACAGUCUUGAAUGCAGGUAAGAUUUUACUAUAUUUAGAGAGGCAAGAGAGGACCAGAGGCGGAUAGAUGGUGGUCUUAACACCAUAGGUCAGGAAUACAGGUUUGUGUUCCCGACCCUAUAGUGUUCCUUUAAGCCUUCCCUCAUAUCCAACUGGCUUUCCACACGGUUUCCCUCUCUCUCACUUCCAACCUCAAUCUGCAAGCUUGCAUGAGCAGGGCCUUAAUCACCAUUGCACCAGUAUUUAUUUAUAUGCCAAAUUUUAUGUAAUAUUUCUUCUGUCUUCUAGCUGACUUGUAAUCCUGUUAGGUUGUAUUAUACAUCAUGGUGGAACUUGCUGGUGUUUUUAAAAUAAUGUACGUUAAUGAACUAGAAGAGUGAAUUCUCACAUUCUGCUGACUCAGAGCACCUCCUGAUGUUGAACGUUGUAUAGGGUUACUCCUACAGCCAACUGUAUUGGUUAUAAGGCUGGGAGUACCAUGGGGCUGUUACUUGAUAAGAGGUAAACGGCUUUACAACGGUUUUUAUUGUACUUGGGACCCACCAGGGCGCCAAGUCUCCCCUAUUGGCUGAACUUCUACGAUCCCUGUGUUGACGUGAUCAUUUUCUAUUUUUAGCAUUAUCUAAAUGAGCAGGCAAGCGACCUUUAGUUUGGUAAAAGCUGUUUCUGGUGGAGGAUCAUUGAGGCAGUACUUGGGGAGAACAUGAUGGUCAAACACAAAUUGCACAUUAAUUUGUAUACUUAUUUAUUUAUUACUGGUAUUUAUAAAGCGCCAACAGAUUUGGCAGUUUUUUUUUUUUUUUCUUCUUAAACUAUUUAUAUAGACUCCACUAAAUAUAAACGGUUAUUAAAAAAUAUAUUUUUCAUUCCAGAGAGAGUGGUAUGUAGUUCACGCUUACAAAUGUAGAAACUGUGGACAUGAAAGGGAGUUUAAUGUAAUGUAUUCUUACAGAUUUAUAUAUGCAAGUAACAUUACAAGCAUGUUCUAUGUUAUAUAAGCUGAUGUACAGUGGAGUGGAAGUCUCUGCUCUUGAGUGCUUACAGUCUAAGUAAGAGGGUGUCUUAUCUUUGUCCUUCAAGUGGUUUUGACUGCAUUUCAUUUAAUUCUCUUCCAGUAAGCAGUUGGCAGAGAAUUAUAGGAGUUAUUGUCCAACAACCACUCUAGAGCUAAUAUUCCGAAGCCCUAUGUCUACUGGGUUGAUAAGAAACAUUGGUGGUGAGACUGCACUCUAGGAGAGAUACAAUGACUAAGAUGGCAGCAAGGUGAAGGUUUUCAUAAAUGUGUAUGGUUAUUUGUUAUGCUUCUCAGCACAGGUCGAGAGCGCUUUAAAAACCAUGCAAUGUGGGUGAGCAUGUGAAAAAGCAAGAUAAGAAAUUCAACCACACACGAUAAAAUACCCCAAAAAUAUUGUAGGGCAAAGAAAUUUAAGCAGAACACGGGGGAAAUUCCCCAAAAUUCUGAACGUUUCGAUUUUUAGUUAAUAUUGUAUUCCCAGCUGUCCUGGCACAGUCAGAGCAUACAAUGUCACUUUGUUUAACUUCACAAUGUUGAGCAUGCUAGCUCCUUGAUGUAUGAUAGUUGUAAGGAAAUGCCAGAGCAAAUAUGUGCUCGAAGAAAAAUGUGUUUACUAGAUGCUGAAGUGCAACUGGAACCCUGAGAGUGCUGAGGAGCUAUGUUUAUUUUAUACUCAUCCCCUGCAUUUUACUAGUUUACUGGGUUAAGGCAUUUAGGAAGUGUUCAAACUCCAUCCUGAUGUGCCUCUUUAUACCACACUCUGCUCACUAAUGUUGCUUCUUAUUUAUAAAUUGUAUACAUACAAUCUAAAGUUAGCAUUUAAACUGUACAACCCCAGUGCACUGCUGUAUUAUUAUUAAUGCUCGAACUGUUCAUCUCACACUAGUACUAGUUAGUGCCUCUGAAGGGAAACCAAAUUCUCACAACUGCUUUGUAAAUGAAAGAUUUUUUUAUUUUUUUUGUAGCACUUUAAAUUCUCUGAGAUUAGCUACAGUUUUGUGAAAUGCAGGUGUAUAAAAUAGUGUGAGUGAGGACAUUUUUUUUUUUUUUUUAGUUUGCUAUGCACCUGCUUUUUGAAUUUAGUAACGUUGUCUGAGUUGUGGCAAAUGGGGGAGUUUCUGUGGUUAGGAAUAAAUUUGAGUUUCUUUCUUCUUUUAACGUAGAAUAGAACAUCAACGCUGCUUGUUACAAUUGCUGGUUUGUAUUUAUGAGUAAGAUUAUUUAUAUAGAGAUAUAUAUAUAUAUAUAUAUAUAUAUAUAUAUAUAUCUGACAAUUUGUAUACCCUUUGUCAAUCCGUUAAAACAGAAACCCAAUAGGUCCAUGUGUUAUAUUUUAGCAACCAUUGCUGUUGAGCUAAAUCAGCAAAGCAAAGGAAGUGUGUGCAAAUCGCAUUCUCCUGUAGAUUUCCAAGUCCUUGUCAGAGGUUAUAUCAGCAUUAUGCAACCAUUUAGCUUAUUGUAGUGUAACCAGAGACCGUUAAAUGUAAACACCUAGAAGUAAAAAAAAAAAAAAUGCAGUAUUACAGGAAAGUUAGUUGUUUGUAAUCUGAAAUAUGCAACCUCUUGGAGACAGUCAUAAAAAGCGGUGCUUCAAACUAUUUUGGUGUAGUGGUAUUCGAAAGUACAUAUUUAUAUGGGGUUCUUUCAUUUAGCCAGAUAGUUUACCACCAUUACUUGUAAUCAUAUAUUCCGAAUAAGCCUCCAGCAAUCUUUUUUUUUAUUAUUAUUAUUAAAAAAUAAAUGUAUACUUCAUUGCCUUGAGCAUCUUCUUAUUUACAGUAUGUCAGAAUUGUGGUAGUUUUUUCUCAUUUAAAAUGAAACACUUUGUAAAGAAAACUAUUUAAAAAAAAUAGACACAUAAACCAAUCAAGUUUAUUAGUGCAGGGCCCUUGUCCCCUCAAAGAAAUGCUAUAGCGUCAGGAAUGCAAAAAUGUUAUCCUUACACUACAGUGUUUAACUAUUUAGGUCCCCAGCCUUCCUUUCAUCUCAUUGGAAAAGUGGUUUAACUCACCUUUUCUCUCAUGCCGUGCCGGUCUUGCCAUGGCUGGCAAUAUAAACACUGCCUUUUCUCUGAAAAGGGGGCGUUUGCGGUGCUCAGCCUGCAUGGACAGGUUAUAGUGACCUGAACUGCCACAUUAAGCUGUAGCAUAGUGUCUCUUUAACCCCGUAAGGACCAAACUUCUGGAAUAAAAGGGAAUCAUGACAUGUCACACAUUUUAUGUGUCCUUAAGGGGUUAACACUGAGAAACUGCAUUGUGUACAUUGCAGGGUUAAGCCCACCUCUACUGGUUUCUUCCAGACAUCCACUGGAAUUGCUUUGUAGAGUCUAACAGAAUUUAAUUCUGUGAUAGACGUUGGAUGUCCUCACGCUUUGCAUGAAGACUUCUGUCUGCAAAUUCCCCAUAGGAAAGCAUUGAUUCAGUGAUUUCCUAUAGGGAAGCUUUAAUGUUCGCACAGGCACAUUAGGUCUCUUCAUUGUUGUGACUUUGCUGAGUAGACUUCGUGCCAAGGGUGCAUCAGCACUGGAAAGAUGUAAGUGUGUAAAAGUUUUUAACCCUUUAAUGCUCCCACCUAUCUAUUCUCCCUAAUACACAAGUAUGUCCCGUCUAGGCCCUUGCGCUUUGCUGAAGACUUAAAUCUAUCUUCUGUACGUACUCCCACCUCUGAUGCUCGUCUUCAAGACAUCUCGAGGGCUGCACCGUUCCUGUGGAACUCCCUUCCCUCCUCCGUUAGAUGCUCUCCCAGUCUCUACUCCAUCAAAAAAAAAUCAUUAAAAACCCACGUCUUCAUAAAAGCAUAUAAAUUAAACUAAUAGCUCCCGACUGAUUCCUAUCUUGCAACUGCCAUUAGUCUAAUACUAUUAUUGUAAGCUCAUUGAGCAAGGUCCUCAGCCCCUCUGUUCCUGUGUGUCCAAUUUGUCUGGUUACAACUACAUGUUUGUUCGUCCACCCACUGGUAAAGCGCUGCGGAAUGUGUUGGUGCUAUAUAAAUAACAUAAUAAUAGGAAUGCACAACAACUUUUCUGCAACAACUUAUAUGCUCAUAAAAGUGCUGUACUGGUAUUUAUGGGAUAAAGUCAGCACUGCAACUUCAAAUUUUUGUGUGUUUUUUUUCUUUUGUGCACUUCACCAACAUGCAAAAUCUCUAUACAAAGGAAGAAAAGUUAUUGUGCAUCAAAUGCCACGUGUCCUUUCUGAUGACAUAUACAAUGUUUGUUUUAAUAAUCAAUCUAUUCUUAACGGAGAUGGUUACUAGACCUUUCUCUCCUUUCAUCGUGGGGUGAUUAUUGCAAAUUGUUUUCACUUAUUAAAAUGUUUAAUUCCACAAAUUCAACAUGGUACAGUUAGUCAGCAAAACCACAGUUUCCUGAAGAGGAAAUGUCAAAGUAUUGUUUGGUUCUCUCCACCCCUAUAUGAAAAUAGCCAUUUUUUUUUUUUUUCCUGAUCCCAAUUUGCUGUACAAAGGAAUAGUAACCAGCCAUGUCAUAUACUGGUCUUUAAAAAAAUUAAAACUCAAAUGCCAUAUCCUUUCCUAUAUUGCCAUCAUACAGGUCACACAACAAACUAGCAUUGAAUAUCCUCCAAGGUACCUUGCUUGUAGUUGACAACACACAUGCAUAAUAUGCAGAAAGCGUGUUUAAAGGGUUACAACCUUGACAAGGGUUUUUGGGGUUUAUUUUUGAGUGCUGCUAUUAAACUAUUGCUUAAGUUUGUUCCACUUAACUGUGUGAUCACUCUUCAGAACAGCUAGCAUUUGUUUUAUGCUUAAAUUCUGCAGAAAGUUUGAAUGAAUAUUACAAAAAUGGUACUAAAUGGGAACUCUGGAUUCCGUGUGAGGAGAGUGAUUUGUUUUUUUCAUUUUUUUCAGUUUAAUCUAUUUACUAUGCUAGUUCUAAGUUCAGAAAUAGCACUGUUUACUUGACUGUUUCUAAAUUGUAAAUGUGUGUUAAGCAGGGUCUUCCUUUACACAUUCUUGUAUGCCAUAUUUCAUAACAAUUAUUUGUGCCUUGUCAGCCAUUUAUAUUUGUUUGACUGACAGAAAAACUGCUACUAAUAAUCAAAUGGAAUUUUGUGUGAUUUCUGCUCAUAUGAAGCCUGUCAUGAUACUUCCUGGAACGAGAAGGCUGAUAUGUUUAUGAACUCCCUCCUAGUCCUCCAUUGUCUUCAUUUCUUCAGCUCCAAUUAGAAGAAGCUAUUGGGAGCUGCAUUAUCUUGCUACUCUCUCAUGCAUGUGUGGGAGUACAAAGCGUGUUCUAAGAAAUAUCUCACAACAUAUGUAUAUUCCCUGCGUAGUAACAUUUCAAGUGUCCUUUAAUCUUGCACAGUCUGGGCACCAGCACAACUUAAGUGCAAUAGAUAGGUUUGGGCUUACUAUUUCUGAUUUCCUUUUCUCCGUACGCCUGGACUACAAACCUAUCAAAUUAAUCCAAGUAACUAGCGAGAUAAUAACAGGAGAGAUAACAGACAGAAGGGAGCACACAGGUGUGUAAUGGUUCUUGCAGGCAUCAAACGGUAAAGGCUGCAAAAGGGACUGGAAUGCGUCCAUUGUGGCAAGGGAGGGAUUUCGGUAGGUUCCGCUGGAUCGUCCCUGUGUCUGGGUUCCCUUUCAGCCUAUACCCAGCAGAGGGAGAGGCGUUGAAGUCCAUGGGUCUGCUUCUGGGUACAGCCAUCGGCUCGAUAUCUGUGGUGGGAGCUUCUUGUGUGGUCUCCCCGUCUGCCCCAGCUCUCAGCGUACUCCCGAGCACUUGAGCUGUCAGCCUCAUUGUGAGUUGCCGCCGGAGCUUGAGGUCCACCAGUAUGUUGCUUUCUCUUGCUUGGAGUGGUGUUCCCCUGGAGGGAGUGGGGUAACGCUUUGAUGGGGUAGCCCCAUUUGAGCGUGGUGUGGCACAGCGUUGGUCUGGGCCUGUGGCGUAUAGGCUUUUGCCGGGUUUGUUCGCCUUCUCCCUCCCGCCUUCCAGGCCGCAUCAUUGCCGUGUUCAGGAGCUGUGUGCUGCUGUGUAGCUACACGUGGGGUUAUAGUUGGUGGGGCCACUUCAUCAGCGUCCUCAUUAAGGUUAAGUUUGGCCCAGAAGGCAGCGAAUAAACGGUCCAGCCUCUCCUCCAGAGAGGGUAGCGGAGAGGCAGGCACUGGGUCACACGUGGCACCUGCCAUGAUACCCCCCUCUGUUCCGGCUGUGCAGGUAUGUCCCUGCUGGGGGUCUGUUGCUGGGUUACAGGCUUUAGAUGCCGGGAUAUCCCUCACCGGCAAAGGGGGAGAGAGGGGGAGUGUGUCGGGGGACCUUCAGGCUAGUGAGCUCCAGCCAGCGGAGGGAUCGUCCGCCUCCCCCACGCCGUCUGAGUAGGCCUCCUGUAGUCCUCAGGUCUGACCCCGGGAUGGAUCUGCCAGUGUCUGUGGAGGGAACUCUCGCUUGCUGUCUCCUUCUCCGGGUCUUAUGAACCGGUAAGAUUUGACGUUUUUGCAGUAAAUGUGGCGGAAUUUGAGUAUGUUAGCACAGAGCUCUCACGAAUGAAGCCAAGCUCUGCCCCCCCAUUUUACACACUUAACAUACCUACACAAACACACACACUCUGCAUACAUUAUAUACACACACUACACAAACACUCACGGCACAAAUACACGCACAAACACACUGCAUUCAUUAUAUACACACUACAUUUACUAUACUUACUACUCAAACACACACUGCAUCCACUACACACACACACACUGCAUCUACUACACACACAUAUUCUGGAAAACAAAAAUUUCUGACUGGCAUGUAUAUUUUGUGCAUUUACUUAAUAAAAAAAAAAAAAUUUGCAAAAAAUAAACAUGUUCAGUUAACAGUAGAUUUGUGUAGAAAUAGUAUCAUUUAUUUUUUUUUAAAUGGUAAAUGUACAGACUAUCGGUAUCUGUAAGUUAUCGGCUAUCUGCCGGAAAGGCCACAGAUUAUCGGUAUCUGCUCUAAAAAAAAAAAAUCAAAAUCGGACAAUGACCAAUAUACAGACAUGAUUGUGCUGCAAUGGCUCCUUCACAAAAAGCUAUGAAGGAAUUUCUGAGCGGUCACUGGGAAGCAUAUUUGACAAAUAUUGUCUCUGUAUGACUCCUUCAACAAUUUUUGAGGUGUACGCACACAUUUUUCAUUAAAAGGAAAGAUCACUCCCUAGGGCUUUUCAUAUUGUUUACUUAUAUCUGUAUUUAACAAAUGUUAUUUGUGAGGUUUGAAAUGUGAAAUCCUAUAUUUAAUUGUAUAUCUAUUUUUCCUGCAACUGGGCGCCUUCAUCUAGUUUAUUGUCAAUGAUUGAUAUAAGUUCUGUCCUUUGGACCUGUUAGUCAGCAAAUACAAAGCAUACAUAGAAGAGAAGAACUGAAACCAUGUUUCUAUUUCUCACCAUUUCCAAUGUUUGUCUCCUGUAUUGUGAUGCAAUUUUCUCAAUCAUAUUUCAAAGGGACAAUAUAGUCAUGUAGUUGUUCUGGUGUGUAAUAGUAUGUUUCCGCAGGCUUUUCAAUGUCCACACUGUCUGUUUUCAGAGAAAAGGCAGUGUUUACAUUGCUCCUUAGGGACACCUACAGUGACAGUCCCUCAGACGGCCACUAGAGGUGGUCCUGGGUGCAGCACUAACGUUCUGCGUCUUUACUCUCUGCAUGAACUUUCCCCGUAGAGAUGCAUUGAUUCAAUCCAUUUCUAUGAGGAGAUGCUGAUUGGUGCAGAGCAGCAUUUUUGCUGCACAUGCGCAAUAGCCUCCCAAUGUUUUCCUAUGUAGCAGAGCCAGUAGCGACAGGAUUUGCCCGGCGCUGGAAAAAGUUGAGUAAAACACCCUUCUAACCUGAAGUAAAAAGGGCUGGGAGUGCUAAACUGCUAUUUAGACCUAUAGUUUCAGGACUACACUAUUUAAAGGGACUCUAUAGUAUUAGGAAUACAAUUUGAAACUCCCUGAAAUAUAGGUAAAAUCGAGUAGGUGAUUUUCAAUGGUGUUCAUUUCAGUGAAGUGGCAGUUCCCCUUUAAAUGAGUUUUAUGUUGUCAUUGAUGUUGGUCACCUUCCCAGGAUAACACAUUUGCAAAUAAUGCAGCUUCAAUACAGCUAUACCUUUGUGUUUACUUUUAUUGCAAAAAGCUGAUGGAAAACCUACAUAUAUCUCACUUAUCACAUAAUUGUAUUGUAUAAGGCUAUGCUUCUUCACUCAAACUAGCUGCGUCUUCUUAUUUUAUUAUUUUACUAGAAAUGUGCCUUUGCUCAUUAAUUGUUUUAGAAAUGCUAAUUAUACUAAUACAGGCUUGUAAACAGCAGUAGUAAUAUAAGUGAGUGAUGCCCACUGCAGUUUGCUUGAUGCACGUUUUUUUUUUCUUUCAUUUCUUCUGUACCUCGAACAAGAGCUAGAGUGCAGUAUUCACACGCUUUUGACCACUGACCGUACUUUUCUUUGAUCAAAAUCCUUUACUUUAUUUUUCCAGGUUUAAUCCUACUAUAUUUUUUGACUUUAGGAUAGGGGAUUGUAUACAUCUAUAUUUAAUGCAGACCUGUACCUGACAAGUUAUUCAGGGUCAUGCCCUUUGCAUGACUGAUGCCUUUAAUAGUUUUAUAGAUUUUUUUUAUUUUUUUUCUGUUUACUGCAUUAUUUCUCACAUGUAAGCUGUUUAGUCAUAGUACCUAUCAUUUAAUCAAUAUUAGAAAUUAGAAUAGCAUUUAAACAUUUAGACAUUUAAUGCACUUCAUUUAGCUAUAUAGUUAUAUUCAUGACGGUUUAUAAAAGUGCUAAUUCCAAUAGAAAUCCAGCACUUCUAUAAUACUUCACUUUACAGAGCCAAUGGAAGUGGCCAGCACCUUAAACUAGUGUUCCCACCUUACUGCACCUCAUUGCUAUAGCUCAUUGAAAAGCUUAGUGUGCUUAAAGGAGAACUAUAGGGUCAGGAACACAAACCUGUAUUCCUGACCCUAUAGUGUUAAAACCACCAUCUAGCCCCCAUGAUCCCCUCAUGCCUUCCUAAAUAUAGUAAAAUCUUACUUGUAUUCAAGUCUGGAGCUGCUUGCUUUUUCACUGUUUCCUUUUGACCUUACCUCUGCCUGCUGACAUCAUCAGAAGUGGUGGCCUGAUCCAAUCACAGUGCUUCUCCAUAGGAUUGGAUGAGACUGACAAAGAGGCAGAUCAGGGGCAGAGCCAGCACAAUUCAAACACAGCCCUGGCCAAUGAGCAUCUCCUCAUAGAGAUUAAUUGUAUCACUGAAUCUCUAUGAGGAAAGUUCAGUGUCUGCAUGCAGAGGGAUGACACACUGAAUGUUUGGAUGCAUUUUAGGCAGCCAUGACCAAUGAAAAAUCUCUAACAGCCAUCUGAGGAGUGGGCAGUGAAGUUAUCAAUAGGCUGUAAUGUAAACACUGCUUCUUAUCUGAAAAGACAGUGUUUACAGCAAAAAUGCUGAAGGUAAUGAUUCUUCUUACCAGAACAAACUCAUUAAGCUGUAGUUGUUCUGAUGGCAAUAGUGUCCCUUUAAGUACUUCCAGGCAACCAACUACCAGCUUUGUUAGUCUGGAGACUGACCUGCUAUGUUUCAAAUGUUAUCUUGUACUUUGCAGACUUUGAUUUCCUUAGCAUAGUUGGAUUUGUGAUGGUCAACAUUUUUUUUUUUAAUUCCAUGUAGGAUUGAAAUGUGAUCCCAUAUACACCGUGAACAUGGUUUAAAAUGUGAAGUCCUAUGCUACUAACCAGACUUUAAAAGUUGCUAGCCACUACAAAUCAUAGCAUACCCAUAGGGGAUGAAUAGCUACUUACCAGGGCUAAGGUUUUACUUGCCAACGGCUAGUGGUGAGUGGACCAUUUGAGCAAUGUUUCAAAAACAUAUUAUUCAAAAUUGGUAAUUUUUUGAUCGAGCAGUGAUAUAAUAAUCUCCUUAGUGUUAUGUUCCAUUUUAGUACAAGUAAGCAUCUGUUUAGAUCAUGUGUAGUUAUUUCUUAGCUAAUACUUUUGAAUUAUUCUAGUUAUCUGGUGGCCGUGGAUCUUAUGUGAAAGCAUAAGUCCCCUCUGUCGUUAUGUACAGCAGUAAACCACCACCCCACUUCCUGUGGGUGUUGAUUCUGGUACUGUUUGCUGACUUCCAUCAGAAACCGGAAGCACAACUACUCCUGCAUUUCGCAGCAAACAAUGGUUUAAAAAAUAAAAUAAAAAGAGAACUUUUGCCAUUAUGCCAGGAAAUCAAAGGGAACUCCACAGAAAUCCCAAGGGAGAAGUGUUGUCAAAUACAGUAAACUAAUAUUUGCAGAUGCCUUUUAUUUUAAUGUAAUUUUUUUUUUUGCAUUUAAUGAAUGAGGUGGUGAGGAGAUAGAAAAAGUAAAUGAUCUCAUCCAGCCUCCUCUCACUAAACUGCAUAAUGAUGGCAUUUACCAUAGUACACAAUUAACUUUUUAUGUGUUUGUUUAUUUAUUUUUUUUUAUAUAUUUUGGGAUGUAUCUUAUUUCCUUCUCUUUCUAAAGUUAGGGCUAAGUUUACAUAUCUUUUACCCUUAGAGCAGCAUAAGGGAAAUCAUUUUAAAUUUGAAUACAUUUAAUUGUGUUUCGUGACUUAGUGAGAAUUCCAAUUAAAAUUUCAACAUUUUGGGGAAAUAGCCAAAUUAGAAACAAAAUUUUCAAAUCAUAUGUUUUCAGCUUGGCAGUUUUGCUCUUAAGUUUUAAAUUCACUUUGAAUUGCUAGGAAUACUUAAGUAAAUAUCCAUGCCAGGUUAUUUUUGGCCCUUUAUAGUAAUGCUGGAUAAACCAGGUGACUCUGGGAUGUGUCUGCUGUAAAAUUCAACCUUUUUGUUUGUCUCUGUUCUGUUCUGGUUUUUUUUCUUUUAUAUAUAUAUAUAUAUUUAUAAUUUAUAUAUAUAUAUAUAUAUAUAUAUAAUUUAUAUAUAUAUAUAUAUAUAUUAACUACGCAGUGUUUAUUUUAUAUUUGGGCAGAGGAUUGUCCAUUUAAGCGAUGGGGCCUUUUCUUUAACUUGUUUAUUUUUUGUUAAAUGUUAAUGGAGCGUUUCACAAUUGAUGUUCCUCGGAACCCUGGUGUUAUGUGAGAAGAAAACUGGGGUUCUGCCGCUUCUUGCCCGUCAUGUGACCCAUGCCACCUGAUCAGACACCGUGACCCAUUAAGAGCUCGACCUUGCCCUAUAGUAUCGGAUCCUGUGAGGAAGAUCACUUCCUCCACUUUUCUUUUUGUUGUUCUGUCUCUCACUGUUAAAAUACACCUACCAUUAAAAUUAUAGACUGAUCAUUUCUUUGUCAGAGGGCAAAUGUUCAAAAUCAGCAGGGGAUCAAGUACUUUUUUUUUUUUUUUUCACUGUAUCUGUAGAAAUUAGUGUGUGUGUGUGUGUUUGUGUUUGUGUGUGUGUGUGUGUGUAUAAAUAUAUGAAAUUUGCUAAAAAAAACCAAAAACAUUACAUUCUGAUAACUAAGAAAUUUGCCCUACAGUGCAAUUUUUUUUUUUUGAGGGGGUUCCAGGAUGUUGGUACACUUCCAUUGGCUCUCCUAAUUGGCCAGCUGAUUGCUCUUUGCCAAGAAUCGAAGUCCUAGACCACCAGGUUUGGCUCAGACUCCAGGUAAAAAGGCAACCCGUUGUAAAAAAUGCUUUACUACUUGCAUUGAGGGGCUCUUCAGAGCAUAACAGUGGCAGGUUGGUGGCAAGGUUUGACAUGCCUGUUCUAGAUUUGGUUUCAAGUGUAACUCUUAUUAAAAAAAACGAAGUACAAACUUAACAUCAUCUUUUGUUUUGUCUCAUAGCAUCAACACUUUUAGAAGAUGACGACGGAAGAGGUGGUCGUUGUUGCAAAGUUUGAUUACGUUGCACAGCAAGAUCAGGAGUUGGAUAUCAAAAAAAAUGAAAGGCUUUGGCUCCUAGACGAUUCAAAAUCUUGGUGGCGUGUUCGCAAUUCUGUGAACAAAACUGGAUUUGUACCAUCUAACUAUGUUGAAAGAAAGAACAGUGCCCGUAAAGCAUCAAUUGUAAAAAAUCUAAAGGACACAUUGGGUAAGUCCAAACUUGUAGUGAUCUAUUUGCAGGGUACAGAAAAAAUGGACCAGCGAUGUAUAGAUCAGUGAAAAAUGGUUUGUUGAAAUAUAAUAUACCUAAUAUGUACAUUGAUAAAAAAGCAAACCGAAGGAUCAGCGCUGUACAACCAAAUAGUAAAGAAAAAGCAUCAGCAAACAUAAAAGAUGGGACUCCCUCAAAGACCCAACAGAAAUAGAAUAAGGCCGCAAAUCAGGAAAAGGUUGCGCCAAUUGUGAGCAAAUAAGUUUAAAAUAUUAAGACACUAAAACAAAUAAACAAAGAACACGUAGCAAAUAUAAAAGUCCAAAGUCAGUGUGUAAACUUUCAUAGGUAGCAGCUAAAUCCCAUAGACACAGUCGCAGACAGUCAGUCACACACACACACACAUACGCACACCCUUACAGGCAGACUGUGUCACACACACACUCUCACUUGGGCUGGAAGAAGAGUGGAUUAGUUGAAGCUCCUGGAGUCUUAGUUGGGGAAACAGGGACUCCUAUCUGCUUCCCCUAGAUGUGCAGUGAUAACUGCAGAGGGUGGAGGCCGUGUUUAGCUUCGCCACCACUGCCGAUUUAGCCCUGCCCCCACUGUCCUUCCGUGCGCCCGAUUUUGAAGUAAUGCGGCUGCCCCUGCGUGUGUGAGCUGUGUCGGUUGCCAAGUGCCCCAGCUGCCAUGGGGACCAGUGCGCCGCACAGCUCACACAUCCCUAAGGCCAGCCCUGGUCGUGGCACCCGGGGCACACCCUCCACCCACCCCCUAGUACGUCACUGUUUGUGAUUAUAUACCUCAAAGCACUAUCACUUUAAUUGUUUAGUUUGGACGCUGCAUUAUUUUUAAUUACAUUUAUUAUAUUUAUUUUGAUAUAAUAUAACAUUAUAUAUGUAUGUGUGUGUGUGUGUGUGUAUAUAUAUAUAUAUAUAUAUAUAUAUAUAUAUAUAUAUAUAUAUAUAUAUAUAUAUAUAUAUAUAUAAUUAUAUUCACAGUGCUCUUACAACAGAUUAUCAUAAUACACUUAUACUAUUUAGCACGAUUUAAUUUGUCUCCCACGAAUUCGUGUAGGACCAACUGAUAUUGGGGUAGUGGGCUUAACACAAUAUGGCUAUAUGGUGGAACUAAAUCCCCAUAUUUGUUUGCUGAGAGAGGGUAUUUUAAGUGGACUUAUAAAAAUAAAUUUUUUAAUUUUAUGUGUACUGUAAUUUACCGUAAUCUGUAUUAUAAUAUUUUAAAAGGACAGUCCAGGUAGAAGUUGACUUUUUAUGAAUUUUAGAAAUAAUGCACGUAAGAAAUAUGGCUGUGUUUAAUUUACAAAAGCAAUGUCUUUCUGGUUUUGCCAAGUACGUUCAUUACUACUUUUUAAUAAACUAAACUAUUUGAAGUUGAGCUUUGUAUGGUCAGGGCACCCAUUUAUUUGUGCAUUCACAUACGCUGUUGAAAAUCGAUGUCUAAAUAUAGGUGCUCUAUGCUGGCUGGAUAAAUUGUUUGGGAGAAAAUAAAUUUUUGAUAAUAAGGAUAUGUGAGAUUGUUAGUGCGGCUCUGUCACCACAAUAUAAUAGCUCAGAUUUUCAACUGAUAUUUGCGUGCUUUGUUUCCUUUUUUUUAUUGUAAAAUAGCUUGUCUUGGUCUGGCGUGGAGUAAUCUAGGUUUUGGUUUGUUUACACAUUCAGUUCAGUUUUGUCACUAGAAACUUGUGCCAGGCUAAUCUGCUUCACAUCUUGGUCACUCGAGGCUAUAGGUUUCUAUUGUUAGCAUUAUUUACUUGUGUGCUUACUACGUCUCACUUUUAUGAAUGCAAGUUAAAGUUUCAUAGGCUGUUACUUCAGUGGCACACCCUGUUCUCAUACUUAAUUGUGCACAUUGAUUAAGGUUUUUAAAGAAACACUUCAUAGAACUGCUUCAGUGAUGACUGCAGAAACCAAGAACUGGCUAAAGCAUUUUAAAGUUUUAUUUGUUGUUUUUUUUUUUUUGCCCACAAAUAUGCUUAAAUAUCAUUUUAAGAAAUCAGGAUGACUUCACAAACUCAGGCUGAGGAUAACUUUAUAAGUUAAAAGAAAUGUAAAAAAAAAAUAUCAAGGGUUCAGUGUUGUGGGUGGUAGUCAAAACUUUUUUUUUUUUUAAUUUAAAUUUUUGUAUUUUAACAUUUUACUGAAGUAGUAUGUUUGUUUGUUUCUGUAUGAUAUCCUAGACUUUAUUUUUGCCAUUUUGUGAUGUUUUGUUGAUAUGUACACAAAUCUCCCAAUGCAAGGUAAUUUGAAUAUUGCAGCAUCUGGUUUUGCAGACCUGUUAUAGAUUAUUCCUGGAGUGGUGAGAGCUUGCUUACUUAUAUUUACUAGGAUUUACACCAAAUUCUGAAUCGUCAUUGCAAAUCUAAGCACUUUUAAAAAAAAAUAAAGAAUUAUCAUAUGUUUUAUAAAUGUAUUUCUACAAUUCAUUAAAAUGGAGAGGUAGAUGGGUGUCUUCUCCAGCCAAGAAUAAUGCAUUCUACUCCAAAUAGUAAAAUUUUGAUUAGUCAUCUUCAUUUUUUUUUUGCCUUAUAGUCAGCUGGUCGCAGUUUUUACUUAUUUCCACGAGCACAGUUUCAGUUGGAUCCUUUUUUCCUUGUGUGUUGGCAUGGUUAGGUUCUGUGAUUUUCACUUAGUGGUUUAUUUUAUGGAAAAAGGAAGUGUAUCUUAUAAUUUGGCCACAAACUAGUCUUAAUAUGAAAGUAUAUUUUUCCCCACUUUUGUUUUCUCAAUGCUUUGUGGUUUUUUUUUUUUUUUUCUUUCUCUAAUCUUAUGACCAAAUCAUGCAAAUCAGCUUCCAUGUAACUAGGCCAACACGCCUGGGGUAGGAACUGUUCUUCUGCUAAACUGAGUAACUAUGCACUAUGACUGGAGGGCACCAGCCACUCAUUCAUUAAGCUUGCUGUUGGCAUGUUUACACAAGCCAGUCUCAUUCUGACAUGGUGAGGUCAAUUUCCUGUGACCUUGCUACUUCACUCUUCCACUGUUUUUAUCAAGAUCAUUGAGAGCAGACCUUUAGGGGUUUCCUUUUAAAGCGACACUGUUGGUAACGUCUAGGGUGACUUUCUGGAUUUAUUGGGGUAAUUGUGUGUCCUGCAUAUUAAAAGUGAAUCUUACAUCUCAAUUUGUUUUUGCUUUAAGCGGUUAUAUGAAACUUACGAUCUCUGAAUAACUUCCUCUAGCUAUUAGACAUAAGUAAACAGCAGCAUUCCAUGAAUAUCAUGUGACUACCUUUUACUUCACUGCACAUAGUGUUUCAUCAAGGCACUCAGUACUUAUUAUUGAACAGAAACCUGAACAAGUGUUGGCUUUGUUUUCAUGGUGUGGUAAAUUGAGUGCAGUGGGUGCAUUCUUCUGAUCACUGCUGCCUUAGCAACCUAUGGCACACAAGGUGUGCACGCAAGACUGCCAGAUGCAGAAUAGAAUGAUCUUCCCUAAAGCUGGCCUGACAGAGGACCUCUUCAGGUAUCUCCUAAUGCCCGAUUGCAAUGGGCGAUGAGGGGAAACCUUCAGUUCAGUUGUGACAGCACUUGGAGGAACUGAUCUCCUAUUACUUCCUUCUAGCGCUUGUGAAGGAAGCCACGAGGGAGGAGAGGAGCAUGCUGAGGCACUUGCCUUGUCCUGUAACUAAUCAAACCAAUCCCCACUGGACCCUAUGGAAGUUGCCCUCCUGCUGGUAACUCAUAAGCAAUCAAGAGGGUGACUAAAAAUAACUGCACUGCCAGUGUAUCCGUGUAGUAAUGUGUGUUACAGUGUGUGUGUCUUGCAAUUUGUAUGGGCCUAGCAGUGCGAUUGUGCACAAAUGCAUAUAUACAAUCAUACAAAGCAGCAGCACCCAUGCAUAACUCAAGCAGUAUAAGGCAACAUACACUGUUAAUUAAAAUUAAAAAAUAGGACGUUUACAAGGGACUUCAAAACCUUGUUUUGGCACAGUGCUGCUAAGGGUUUCUGACCCAUUUGGGGACACCGAUACUAUUUUCCCAAAGUAUAUGCAGAUUAUUGGUUGCCUUUUAUAACCUGUAUCAAUAUUCUGUACGUCGUAAAUGUUUGGAAAAAGCAACACAAUUUCUACACAAAUUUGGCAUUAAUUGAGCAUGCUGAUAGCAAUCAUUUUCCUAUCACUCAGUCAUCCAGCCCGGUAUAUUACAGUAGAUUAAUGGUCGGAGGCAGCAGUUUCCAGAUGCGUCUUCAACUGGUGUUGAAAAACUAGUGUGCAGUUUUACCAACACCAAAUUGUCUUUUUUUUUUUUUUUUUCUCCCUCAUUCCCCUCUAGUGGCUUUUAGCAGUUAAAGGGAUCCUAUAGUGCCAGGAAAACAAACCAGUUAAAACACCUUCAGCCACUUACCCGAAUCCAGCGCUGCUGUCCCUCUGCACUGGGUCAGGCUCCGCCCAUGCUCCUCCCCUGCCAUUAGCCAGCGGGGGAGACCUAAUGCGCAGGCGUGCGCAUUAAACCUCCCCCUAGGAAAGCAUUAUUCAGUAUUUUAAUCUGUGCUAAAUGAAGCGAUCUGUCCAGGGUUUUCUUCUCGAAUUUUAGUCUUUGAAUGAGAAUUCACAGGUGAAUCCUGGAUAAAUCGAUUAAUUUGGGUGCAGAUUAAAAGACAUUUGAUAAAAAUGCAUUUGUUUUAAAUGCAAGUUGACAUUUGGCUUCUGUCACAUUUGAUUCCACAUGUUUCCACCGAAGAUUACCAUGGAGAAGAGACUUGUUUUUUGGGGAGUGUGUGGGUAUGUUUUAGGAGAGAGAGCAUAACUAGGAAUUUCCCUACUUUAGAUCGUGAAAGAACACAAAUUGCAACAUAUUGGGUAAAGUCCCCCCCAACCAGAUAAGUUAGAAAGACCCAUAAUGCAAUGCUUCAUCAUGCUCCUCCCUUUCUUGCCCCUCUUCUAUAAUCCGAUGUUCUGUCCUUGCCUCCCUGGAGGAAGGUAGCUUUAUUGACACUGAUUGAAGUAUGAAGAUUUAUUUUUAUUUUUACUCUAUAGUCACCAGAACAACUACAGUUUAAGGAGUUGCUUUGGUGAGUAUGGUCUAUCCCUGCAGGCUUUUCAAUGUAAUCACUGCAAAGGCAGUGUUUUACGUUAUUGCCCAGCGACACUUUCAAUGGCUUUCAAUUAGACGGCCACUACAGAUGCUUACUGGGUCAGUGCUGCAGGUUCAGCAUCUCCACCCUCUACAUAGAUGUACUGAAUGUUCCUCAUAGAGAUGCUGAUUGUCACAGUGCUGCGUUUUGCUUUGCGUGUGUGAUUGCCUCCCAAUGAUUUCCUAUUGAAUUGGCUGAGAUUGUUAAUUCUGAUAAUCUUAGCCAAGGAGGCACGAGCCAUCACCGACGGAUAUAAAAAGGUAAGUUUUUAUAUUUAUUUAACUUGGCAUUUUGGGACUGGUCACCUAACUUUUGGUCACCUAACUUUUCCUUAAGUUUGGAGAAUAAUAUAUCUUUCAGCAUCCUCAUGGAUGGAGAACUAAAUGGAAGAAAUGGAGGGGUUUCUCAUGCAGACUCCUCAUUGGAGUCCGAAACUGGUGUUCAUGUUGCUGCAAUAUGCUCCUUUUCAGCACAUGUAUUCAUGGCAGAUGUUAUCAAGGAAGGUGUUUCUUCUGACAAUUUCAUCUGUCAGCUUAUUCCUUUUGCUCACUUGCAAGCCCCCUCUAUUGGUUCUAUUUUUUUUUUUUUUUUAUAUUUUUUUUUAUAUAAGGAUCACACAAUCCUGGGGUCUAAUUAUUCUUUAUUUUUCUUUUUUUUUUCUUUUUGCUGGAUGUGGGUUCCUACAAAUAUUAACUAGAAAGUUGUUCCCUCAUUUUGUCCAUCACUUGCCAAUGACAAGGAGAUUCUUGUUGAAUGUGGAUGUUGUUUGAGCCCUCAAGUACUAUGUUGUAACCUCUAGGCACUUUUAGGAAAUGUUCUUCCUUGUUUGUUCAUUUUUCAUUUAGGUCAAAAGACUUCAGUCUCCAGACUUACAAAUUGUCUCAUCAUAUGAAUAUCUAUACCCUUAAUAACAAGCCUCUACUUGGUAGGGUCACUGUUUAUUCCACUCGGGCAGUGGAUACCUCAUAGGCCUUUCACCAUGAGGCUUCCCUGGGAAAAAAAAUACAAGACCAUCUUUUUUUUAAUCUUUUUUUCUCAUACGUAUUCCAAAUGUUAACAUGUGGUUUUUUUUUUGGUUUUUUUUUUGCUUCUGCAGUUGGCUGUCUUCUGGGUGAUUGUUGCUAUUCAGUCACCAUCACCUGCCCUACAUUUUGUGGUGACCUCAUGUCCUACUGUGCUUCGGUUUAAGGAUGAUCUUUCAUUUUGAUUUUCCAUCUCCAAGCCUCCUUACUUGUUGCUUAUGUAAUAGAAUAAGAAAUAAAAUAAAUCUAACUUAUAUACACACACACUUAAAUUGUCACUGGUGUGUUUCAAUAUGGAAUGUGUUUUAAGCAUUUGCAGUAGUUGUGUUGAUAUAGUUGUAUUCAUAAAAAAAAAAAAGCAUUUUAUUACAGCACAGUUAUGGUGGUUUUUAAGGAACCCUACAGCAUUGGGAAAACAAACCUGAUUUCCUAAUGCUAUAUUGUGCAGCUGACUUAAUGGUCUCCCCCAUAGUGAAGCAUUGAGAGGUUACUGCGCAUGCACAGAGAAUCUCUUAACCAAUCAGCAUCGCCUCAUAGAGAUGCAAUGAAUCCGUGCUUCUCUGUGGGGAGUGUUCAGCGUCAUGCUGAAUGUAGGUUUGUAAAGAUUGCAGGAUCUCAUCCAAGAAUGCCCUAUAAUGGCUGUUCACAUGAUAGAAACUCUCUCUCUCUCUCUCUCUCUCUCUCGCUCUCUCAAUUAAAAUUAGUCUGACACUGAAACUUUUUCUCCUUUUCUGAAAUGGUUAAUCUUUACAUGACGUAUAAGCAGAGGAGUGUUGGAACCUCUUAAACGGCAGCAAAUGUGUAAUUUUAAUCCACUAAAACUGAGUUGAGCUCUAGAAGGUUGUGUUUCACAGUGCUUGCUGCAAACUGAACUCCCAUCACAUCCAGCCAGCCACUGGUUGACCAGAAUCAAUAGUAUUCUUCCUGCACCAUUUCUACAUUAAAUUAUUGUGAUUAAGUAUGAGGAACAAUUGUAUAUAAUGCAUGGUUUUAGUCUCCAGUAACUGAUGGGUUAUGUCAUGAUUCCCUUUUAUCCCAGAAGUUUGGUCCUUAAGGGGUUAAUAUAAAAUAUACUUUAUCAUUAUACUUUAACAUAGCCAUACCCCCUAACCCCAGCUUGUAACUUGACCUUCCGUCUCAAACCAAUUCCAGUACUUUCAAAUGCUUUUAGUGCAAACCAUCAUUUCCUUAAUUUGACUUUGAAGUUAACAUUGUUAAGCUGCACAGUAACUUGCUGGUGUUUGAUGGCAUGCAAAGAGUUAAGAGAUGAGAGGCCAGCCAGGUUUUGGUUGGAAGAGCCAGACCAUGUGACUUUUCUCCAGCUCACCCCCUCCUCCUCUCCAGUGGCAGGAAGUAGUUAGAACUGGGAUCAGAAAGGGAGAUUACUCAGAAAGCCAAGCGCUCCUUGUGAAGACUAGAAUGGAUCUGCCUAAUUUCUUCAAACACUGGUUCAGUAAGUCCAGACUCUCGAUCCUCACUCUCUUAUUUCACGUGUUGGAAUUUGUUUUAUUUUAUUUUCAUUUUAUUUUUUCUUACCUAUGACUGUGGGGGCAGGGUCGGUUUCCCUUCCCUUUGUUUGAGUGCUCUGCAAGAUGUCAGAUGCUUGGGGACCUGCUUCAAUGCAGAUUUGAUUUCCAACAAAAGGAAAGAGUAGAUUACUGGUGUGUUACAGACACACGCUUCUGUAUUGGGGCAGAAUCUAAUGUUUUGUGACUUGUUGAAACCGUUAAAAUAACAAUAGUCUGAAUUUCUCUCCAGUAUUGAAACCUGCAAUCUCUAUUGUGUGGCUUAUGCCACUAAACCUGGAAAAGCUAUUCUCUUGUUAUUUACUAGUAUAAUAAUAGUACUUCCAAUUCCAGUAUAUCAAAUUCCAAGAACGGCUGUCUAAUAAAGUACUGAUUAUAAGUAUAAAAGCAGGUCUGUUGAUAUAAAUAUGUUCAAAAUAGCCAUUUGUCAUUGUUUUUUUUUUUUCAAGGAAAAUUAAGUUUUUAUGGCUGUUUACUGUCCCACAUGUCCCUGUGCAUACUUGUCAUUUUGUCAUUAAUAAUGUGUACACAACUGAAAUGUGUGUUUGUGUAGAUCUAUUUAGAGGGGGUAAAUAAUGGUGACGUGUAUAUUGUGGGAAUAUAAUUGUGGGGGAUAGGCAGAAAUCCUUACCCAAGACAGAAGACCUUGUUUAUGGAAGUAUCCAGAACCGUGUGAUGUCAUUAUAUUGUGCUAUUAUGCAUUCCUUGUUGGCUUUGUUUCACAGCUAUUGGAGAUUUUCUGUAUCCUGCCAUUAGGGCUGUUGUGGAAUUGAACAUAAUUUAUUAUGUUAUGUAAUUAAGUUAUGCAGUAGCUCAGCAAAUGGUUAUUAACAUGAAAUAGAGGCACUAAUAAAAGCAUAAUAGAGAAGCGUGUUAAUGGUUAAAAAGGAAGAAAAGGGAUUUUUUUUUAUUUUCUUUUCAUUAAAUCAGCCGUGCCUUUGGAUUGCUAGGAAUGUUAGAACCGGGCUAGUUGUCUGUGAUCAUUGGCUGCCUUUUUAAAGCAGUAUAGUCAUCUGCUAGCGAGGCAUAGCAUUUGUGGCUUUAGUGGACGGUGGCAGAAAAUGUAUUAGCCAAGUCCUCCCAAUACUUUACCCCCUUUGCAAAGACGUAACCCUCACAUCAUUUUGUUCCAAACUUAAACUCCUUUUAAAUACCCUCUGAUUCUGUUGAGGUUUUUCGAAGGGUAUCCAUGCUGCAGGAUAAUAAACUGUGCCCUAGUAAAGCCCAUUUAAUAGACUGCAAGCACGUACUCAUUUGCUUAAUUACCUUUAGGUAUUACUAGCUGUUGAAACAUGAAAUAGGUCUACAGAUAACAAGGGCAUAUUUUUAGGGCAAGAUUCCAGUGAAAAGCUGUAAAAGUGGAGCAAGCUGGGAUGGCAGUAAUAGUUUGGGAGUGCUGGAGUUGGAUUAGCCCAGCUAUCUUAGCCUGUUAUUUUGGAAGGUUUAAAGUAGACGUUCAUUUCCUUAUUGGCUAGGCAGUAGAAUUUUUAACUAGAAGAGCCUCGUUUUUUGUCAAACCACUCGCAGGGUUUGUCACGUCCCCCACCCAAACUCCAUUUUUGUUGAAGACAAGUGUUUGCAUUUUAACCACUACAAUGUUAGUUUUAGUGGUUGUGGAGCAUAGGGUUCCUUUUUAAUGGUAGAGUUGCGAAGACUGUGCAUAUGUUUUUGCACUGCUAUGAUAAAAUAUGUACUGUGAUUUAGCAGGUUUUGGUCUCCUUCACCCCAUCCCUGCCAUAUUACUCGCAUACCUCUCUACCUCUGGUUUAAACUGGCAAUGUUAGAAGAAGUGCAAUGCUGCUCAGAAAGUGUUAUCCCUGAUCAGUGAUGCAAAUCGUGAUUUUAUUUAAGAACACAGGAUUCAUAUUUUUAGCUCGAUUGCUCCUUUUAGAGCAGAAUUCCAUCCUUUUUGUCUCUCCAUGUUGCCCAGUCCUCAGGACACACAAACGAUGCAGGUUUUGUUAAUUGGAGAAAUGUUUAUUUACAUCAUGGGUAGUCAACCUGGUCCCUACCACCCACUAGUGGGGUUUGGGAUUUCAGGUGGGCAGUGGUGGGUUCUGCAGAAAACGCCCAGUGGGCCUUGAUGACUGUGAACCAAGGCUGGCAGGGGAGAUCCUUUCAUCUUCCAUGCCGGUCCAUGCAGAGCCUUGCUGCAAGCCCUCUUGGGCUGGUGAGGAGAUCAAAGAUCUCCCUCACUGGCCCGCAGUCACUUCGUUCCAGCAGAGGAAGGGAAGGACCUGGGGGCUCUGUGUUCCUCCCGCGAGCAGGCUGGUCAGAGCAUUGCCGUGUGUUACCAUGGCAAUGCUCCAAUACAGUGCUGCGCUCGCAGGAGGACAGGAGUGUCGGCCAGCAGCCAGAGGAGCUGCAGGCUAAAGUGAACAUGCCACCACUGGACCAGCAGGGUUUGCAGCAUUAUUUCCCCCCGCCCUGGUAAAAGGUAAGAAGAAAGGAGGGGGAGACAUUAACAUAGAUUCUUACAUCUCACCCACCCACACAAAGCAUAGACCUUAUGGACCCUUCACACACAAACACAGACUACCCCCUCACACACACUCUACACCCCUCCCACAUACUGACUCCUUCACACAUGUUUUGUCACUCUCACACACGCACAGCGCCUCACACACUGCACCCUUCACUCACGUACAGCACCUCUCACCCACAUACAGCACCCCUCACACAUAAACACACACACAGCACCUCACAGACACAUAAAAAAGGGAAAAAAUAGAUAAAUGUAAGUACAUAUAUAUUAAAAACGCACUUGCGCUAUAAAAUUUGUUAAUGCGACCCUGGUGGGCGAUAAAGAAAUUUUACCAUCAACAAGCAUACAAAAGUGGGCAGUAGGUAAUAAAAGGUUGACUACCCUUGAUUACAUCAUGGGAUGUUAAUUUACUACCUCAGUGGACUAAGUUGGGAAUUACCGGUCUCUGUAAAUGAUAGCUAACCCUGGUAUUCCACAGAUCACCCUGGGAAUUGUAAAUGUAAUUGUAUCAGACAUAAAAUAUGGUGAACUUCUCUGUUGUAGGAAAAUGCCAUAUCUGUUCUCUAGGAAUCUUAAUGCACCUGACCUUUUUAUGUUCUAAUUAAUGCACAUAGAUCUGAUUCAAAAUGAACUAAUGGCAGAAAACACCAUUUUGUAAAGGUUUUUUUGGUUAAUGUUAAAACAAAAGCAUGUAAAAUAUUUACUGUUGCAAUUUGUCUUGUCUUUGGUUUAAACCUUCCAAGUCAACCCUGUUUCUUCCACCUUCUUUCUUACUCUGUGUUUGCACAAUAGGUGUUCUAAUAGUGUUUGAAUACAAUCUGUAUUCCCAAGUGAUUCAUGGAUUUAGUUAUACAGCUAGGUGAGUGUGGUUUCGUGAAGAAAGGUUGUGAAGGAAUGGCAUGUAAGUAGUUUGCUCUCUGAUUGUAUGGAGCCUUUAUCAAUAGAUGUUCUAAACAAAACAAUUCAAGGGAGCAAUACAUAUGGUAUACAAAUGACUAUUUUAUACAUUCUUAUUCAUUUUGUUUCUUAGACUCUGUUAUGUAGAUAUUCGUAAGCAUAAAACAUUUUGAAGUGUUCAAACAUUCAUAUAGCCAUGUAAGACCACUUUUGGUUGAAACAAAAAAAGGGGGCUCUUUGCUAAAAAAAUAAAAUAAAAACUUUUAAAGUGGAUCUGGGGUUUUUGUAUAAUUUGCAAAGAUCCCCAAUUUGUAACGUUGCUGCUUGUUGGCUAGUGGCAGCAGUAGGGUGCAGGUGUUUUACAUACCUGAGACUGUUCCUUGCGACCUCUGCCAUCAGCAUGCGGUGGGUCCUCUUCAGCUCUUGGAGAUGUAUCUACCAGGAGCCAACCUAGUGUUGUACAGUUUGUUCAGUACUAAGGUCUACGGAUGAUAGAUAUGAUGAGCAAGACCAUGCCUAAUUUCCACCGCAGCCGCUCGUGAUGGCUGAGGGAAAUUACAAUUUUUUUUCAUUUAAGUGGCCCUGCUUUUGUCAGUUUUUGGCAAGUGGAGGGAAAAUACAUAAGGCAACGUAGUCCCUACUUUACUUCAUGUAUUUUAGAAGAAACUAAUUGAAAAAGAAUUGAUCAGGAGUAAGGAAGAGAAGAGGAAUAGAUUAAAGUAGCAUUUGCUGCUUUUAUUACGUGUCACAAUAUUUCACUGUCGACUAUAUUUGAAUUAUAAUGGAUUCUAAAUUCUGUCUCUGUGUGACGCUGCACUUUUUCAUAAAACGUUUUAUACAAUUUACCGACCUACUUAAUUACAAAGCAUUCGGUAGGAGAGAGUGUUUCUCAAAAGGCUAUCAUGUACAUGUCAUUAGCUUGGCAACUGAUCCAGUUGUAAAUUUAACUAAAUUUAAUGAACAAUUGUAAAUUGUAAUACAACUGUAAUAAUUUUUUUUUUUUUAAAUCUCCUUUGCUAGUACCAAGCCAGGUGUUCAGUGUGCCAGGGAAGAUAUCACUGCUAUAGUAAAAAUUGGGGCUGAAUGUGAUGUCAAACGAUGGAAAUCGUGUUUGGACCCGGAUCCACUAGUUAAGAGAGCAAUGGUCUUAAUUGAAGUAUACUUUUAUGUUAGAGACCGGUAACACUUUGGCCUGACCACAAGCACCAGACCAGCAGUCAUGACGGAAACUAAAGCAGUAGCAAGUACCGGGAGGUUAUCAUUCUAAACAGGAAACAUCUGUUGGUUCUCAGGAAAGGUGUUACAGUACAGGAUCUCAUUUAGGACAAUGAAAAAGUCCUCCAGCAAGAACCCAGUAAAGAUAUAAUGGCUUCUCUCCUGUCUAUCAGCACUUGGUAGAAAAGGAGCAAAUUACAGUUAGUAUUUGUGAUGUACAGCACCUUUAAAAUAUACUUUUUUUUGGGGGGGGGAUAAAUUCAUUUCUAGUCUGAUGUAAGAGUACAAUUGAUCCUGUCUAAUAUUUUGCUUAUCAAUUAGACUAUUUUGUCCUUUUUAAGGUAAUAAAUUGGCAUCUUGGAAUUACUACAAAUGUAUAUUUGCUGUAAGGGGUUUUCUGUAACCAUAAAAACCGAGAAUAUGAGACUUCUGAAAAUGGUUAAAAGCCUAGUGAAACCUUAAAGGUAAAUUAUAGUGUCAUGGAAACUAAUUUGGUGACAUGAGACAAAGUAGUCACUAUUUUGCCCUGUGAUGUCUUUUGAAUACAGUGAACACAGUCAAUGUGAGUAUUUCAUAAAGAUUACACUUUUUGGGAUGCUUUCAGUUUCCAAGCUAAGAUCUCGCAAUCCAUCAGUCAAAAUACUUCCACAGCAGAUCAAAUUGCAGAAAUAAUGGCCAGAGGAUUGGGGUUAGUCACCUCCACAACAUCUGACAGAGAGCCGGAAGAUCUCUGUGUAAGCUAGGUCUGGCAGUGCAGGGCUUAGCUCUUUGGUUGAGAGCUAGCAGCUAAUGCUGCAGGGGUUGGCUAAGAAGAUCUUCUGGCAGUUUUUUGGAUGUGGGGGUUGAGUGGCAAUUACAGUGGGCAUGAGAAAAGGAAAAUUGAAAAAAAAAAGAAAAAAGUGCAGCUUUAAAGGGACACCAUAGUCACCUGAACAACUACAGCUUAGUGUAGUUGUUCAGGUGAGAUCUAUAGCUCCCUGCAGGCAAUCUAAUGUAAACACUGUAUUUUCUCUGAAAAUACAGUGUUUACAUUGAUAGCAAGUCCUUCUGGUGGCCGUCUGAGUGACGGCCACUGGAGGUAUUCCUAUCAUGUAUGGCCCUAAAAAGGCCAUGUACACGUCAGACGUAUUAAAAUACGUCUGACGUGUGCAGGAGAGAGAAGGCACUGUGUGCGUGUCUUCUCUCUCCUGCCUGUCAGCAGAGGAGAGGGGGCGGGAAAAGACCGCGAGCUGAGCAGUCAAUCAGCUCAGGACUUCAUAGGGUGGCAUGAAUGCCGCCUUAUGAAGUAUGUGCGGAUGUGCAGCGAAGCCGCGCAUGCGCACAAGGGAGCAAUGACGCUUCCAAGUGGAAGCGUCUGAUUGCUUGCGCCCACCUAUUUUGUCAUUUUGACGAAAUAGGGGGCGCGGCUUCACGAGGCUCCCGGCGCUGGAACCAGGUGACUGAAAACGGCUGCCUGGAGAGUCCCUUUAAGUUUGUGUACAUCUGACUAACUAAUGUUCAAAUGUUGUCAGUUGUCAUUGUGGCUGAACACCUCCUGCUGAGGAGUAAUAUUAUGUCGCUUUUUGUAGAAAAAACUAAAAAGUUGAAUCUCAGCACUUGUAAAGAAGUUUUUUGUUUCCUUUGUGGGGGUAGAGGGACAGUGUGGAGAGGGUGGUUGAAUAUGAUGUGGGAAUUAAGGUAGCUGGUUGGAGGGUUUGGCAGCCUUGAUUGUCAUAGCAGGUGAUUGGGGAAAUGAAAUGACCUGAGAGGAUUAUGUAAUGAUGUCUAUAUACAUGAGGUAACCCCUGCCAUGGCUGUGUGUUCUCAGGUCUGGAAGGGCUGUAAACAUUUGUUAUUUGUUAACCUUUUUCUCAAGGAAUGAUUUAUAUCACGAGCAUGACGGGGCUUUUAACAAGCAGUGUAGACGCCCCUAUCAAGCAUGUGCCUACUCUGUCCAGUGGGCAAUCUGGCCCUCCUUUUACUUCAGUGUUUCUUGGAAUUGUCAAAAAUGUAAAUACUUGAAGCUGAUCUGUUAGUUGUCUAUUAAGUAAAAAUUGGAACAUACUUAAAGGGAAACUAUUUCCAAAGAUUUUUAUUUUUAUGUUUACUUAUCCCUUUAUUUAACAAAUAAGUAUGUGCCAAAACUAAAAUUAAAUGUAGAAAUCCUCACAUCUUUAUUCUGCAACUUCCAUUUUAGCCCGAGGUCAGUCAUUGUUAUAAGCUCUGUCCUUGGCACCUGGCAGUCGGUAGAGAUAAGGCAAACACCGAAGAGAAGAAACUAAACAACAUUUCUAUUUCAAUUCUUAAUUUUUUAUGUUUUUCCUGGCUUUACCAUGUCUGAACUAGAUGAUGAUAUUUGUUAAAUCUUUAAUAACAUUUAAAGGAAAACAAAGAAUCUCUAACAUAAGUUAUAUGUGAUUCUCAAUAUUUUAUUCUGUUAUAACUCAAAGAAAUCGGUCUAGAUGAAAAUUCUUGUUCUUGGGUAGAACAUUGGCUUAAAAAUGGAGUACAAAGAGUUGUCAUUAAUGGUAAAAUUUCAAGCUGGAGAGAGGUGGCAAGUGGUGUCCCUCAGGGUUCUGAUCUGGGACCCCUCUAUUUAACAUGUUUAUAAAUGAUCUUAAACAAAGCAUUGAAAGUCAUGUUUCAAUGUUUGCAGAUGACACAAAACUCUGUAAAGGGAUACAAUGUGAGCAAGAUAUUACUUUGCUGCAGAGGGAUUUAGAUAGACUGGACACUCAAAUGACAGAUGAAAUUUAAUGUUGAAAAACGCAAAGUUAUGCACUUUGGCGUAAAGAAAGCACAAGCAACGUAUACCCUUAAUGGAAGCGAAUUGGGUAUAACAACACACGAAAAGGACUUGGGAAUUGUUGUAGACCACAAUGUGCAAUGUCAAUCAGCAGUGGCUAAGGCCAAUAAGGUAUUGUCAUGCAUGAAAAAGGGCAAUAAUUCUCGUAAUGAGAAUAUCAUUUUGCCUCUUUAUAAAUCACUGGUUAGACCAUAUCUUGAAUAUGCUGUGCAAUUUUGGGCACCUGUUCUAAAGAAGGAUAUUAUGGCACUAGAAAAAGUGCAGAGGCGGGCUACAAAAUUAAUAAAAGGAAUGGAAUAUAUCAGCUAUGAAGUAAAAUUAUCAAAUUUAAACCUCUUUAGUUUAGAAAAACGUCGCCUCAGAGGGGAUAUGAUAACAAUAUACAAAUAUAUCCGGGGCAAAUACAAACCAUUGUUGUGCAAAUCUAUUCACAAACCAGUCUUUACAUAGGACACAAGGUCAAACGUUUAGACUGGAAGAAAGAAGAUUUCAUCUAAGGCAAAGAAAAGGUUUUUUUUUUUUUUCUGUAAGAACAAUAAAGAUGUGGAAUUCUCUGCCUGAAGAAGUGAUUUUAUCAGAGUCUAUACAGAUGUUCAUACAGAAACUAGAUGCAUACUUGCAAAAACAGAAUAUUCAAGGAUAUCAUUUUUCAAUGUAGGGUAAUAGAUUCUUGAUCCAAGGAUUAAUCUGACUGCCAUUCUGGGGUCAAGAAUGAAUUUUUUUCCAAGUUUUUUGCAAAAUUGGAAGUCCUUCAAACUGGGUUUUUUUUCUUUUGGGUUUUUUUUUUUUUUGGCCUUCUUUUGGAUCAACAGCAAAAAAACAAAUGUGAGGAAGGCUGGUUUUGAUGGACGCAAGUCUCAUUUCAACUAUGUAACUAUAAAUUCCAGAGAAAUGACAGUUCCACUUUAAGACAUAAUAUGAAAACCCUUCAUUUUAGUAUUGCAGGAAAUACGAUGAAGCAACUCCUGGCAAGCAAAGAUUCCAAGAAUUGCAAGACAAAUGUCACAAGCUUAUUUGUUUCAAUGUUGGGUUAUUUCACAUAUUUUUAUUUUCUGUACCUACAUCAUCUGAUUUAAGUUUUUUUUUUUUUUAUUAUUAUUAUUAUAGAUAAUAUUGUAAAAAGUACAUGUAUACAACUUUAACAAAAUUUCCCCUCCGAGAGUAUGGAUGCCUUUAAAUAUGCUAUAGCAUUAAUGGUUUUUACGUUUUACUCCUCGUUUUGUACUUUAAAAACCAUGAUGAUUAAGCAUUAAAAUAAAUUGUGAUUACUAUGUUAUUAAGAAAUAUGCACUGAUAUUAAUCACAGUAUAUAAAACACUAUUUAUUUUUAUUUUUUUUAAACUUAGAAAAGGUGCACAAAUCUAUACUUGUUAACAUUUGUAUUACCGUAUUUUUCACUCCAUAAGACACACCACACCAUAAGAUGCACCUAGUUUUUAGAGGAGGAAACACAGAAAAAAAAAUAUUCUGACAAACUGUCCCAUAGUAUUUCUUAACACUCCCCCCUCUCCUGUCCCAUAGUGUUCUUACCCCCCCCCCUUGUCCCAUAGUAUUCUUCCCCCCUCCCCUUGUACCAUAGUGUUCUUCCCUCCCUCCCCUUUUCCCAUAGUGUUCUUUCCCCCCUUCCCUUGUCCCAUAGUGUUCUUCCCCCUCCCCUUGUCCCAUAGUGUUCUUUUCCCCCACUCCCCUUGUCACAUAGUGUUCUUCCCUCCCUCCCCUUGUCACAUAGUGUUCUUCCUCUCCUCCCUUGUCCCAUAGUGUUCUUCCUCUCCCCCCUCCCUAGUGUCCCCUUGUCCAUAGUGUUCUUCCCCCACUCCCCUUGUCCCAUAGUGUUCUUCUCCCCAUGUCCCAUAGUGUUCUCCCUCCCCUUGUCCCAUAGUGUUCUUCCCCCUCCCCAUCCCCUUGUCCCAUAGUGAUCUUUCCCCCCAAUUCCCUCCCAUAGUGCCCCUCUCUUCCCCCACUUGGUCUCUGGGAGUUUACUUACCUGUAUUGUAGUGUGACUGACCGGAACAGCGCGCACUGCGGUACAGGAACUUAAAUUUCAGUUUCCUGUACCCGGCCGGACUGAAAGGAAGUGCACACACUGGCCGACCGGAAACUGAAGCUGUUCUCCCGGCCAACGCUACAAUACAGGUAAGUAAACUUCUGCAUUCGCUCUAUAAGACGCACAGACAUUUCCCCUUUUGAGGAGGGAAAAAGUGCGUCUUAUAGAGUGAAAAAUACGGUAAUAUUUCAAUAAAUCUUUUACAUUCUGGUUGCGAUAAAUUUUGACACGAUCCAUAGUGGAUACCGGACAGGCAAAUUGUAGCCAUAUCAUUAUUUUAUUUAUUUAUAUCUAUUUAUCUAAGCUACCCUAACCUGUCGUCAAAUUACUAAUGGCUCCAGUGAUGGUUUUAAGAAUGGAGCCAAAGAUGUAAUUGCAUUUGCAUGUUGUAUCCACUCCUUCACAGAAAGCUACGGAGGUAUUCUCUGUGUAUAGCAUGCAUAUACCGUACAAGUACAUGCAUUGGCAGGGAAAAAAAAUAAUAAGCAGUGUCCGUGACCUUUUUAAAUAAGAACAGCUGUAAUACAAUUGAUUUUGUUUUAAAAGGUUGGUGGCAAGCCACAGGCACUAUGUCCUAUGCAUGAAAGUUUUUGACUAGACGUGUUCCAUGGUUAGUGUUUCUGACCAGUCUAACAAUACAAAAAUGCUGGAUAGCUAGCUCACUAAUAUGUGAUACAAAUAUUGGCAAUGAUAGUGAACACUCUAAUGGUGAAUAAGUGAGCAAUAAACCAGGAAUAUAUUGUAGAAGUUAUGGGCAGCAGCAUUGGAACAUAGCUGUGUGAUACAAAAGCGAAUACAAAUUCAAAAAAAGUCCUGCGCUCAAACUCCCACUACUCUUUGACGGUGGCAACGACCAUCAUUUUAACCCCUUAACGCCCUUACGGUGUUAUGCCGUCGCGGCUUUAAUGGGCUUUAAAGCCAUUGCGGCGGCAUAGAACGCCAUAACGGCUUUGAGCCCCAGAGGACCGGCAGUACUCACCUCCGCCGCAAUCCUCUUCUGGAGUGCUGUCAGACCUGAUGAAAGCUCCUUAGGGGAGCUGAAACGUUGAUGAAGAUGUAUUUCUCAGAAUAAAGAAGAUUGCAUAUUUUGAAAAUCCUUGGAGUGCCGGUAUUUUUUUCAUUUUAUAUUAUGAUGCUACCAGAGCACCGGGUCAUUUUUUGAUUAUUGUUAGGUUGGAGUGCAGGAGCUUAUAUUAUAUAUAUAUAUAUAUAUAUAUAUAUAUAUAUAUAUAUAUAUAUAUAUAUAUAUAUAUAUAUAUAUAUAUAUAUAUAUAUAUAUAUAUAUGUAUAUGUAUAUGUAUAUGUAUAUGUAUAUAUAUGUAUAUAUAUGUAUAUGUAUAUGUAUAUGUAUAUAUAUGUAUAUGUAUAUAUAUGUAUAUGUAUAUAUAUAUAUAUGUGUAUAUAUAUAUAUAUGUAUAUGUAACAAAAUACACUUAGAAUGACAUUCUAUAUAUAUCUAUCUAUAUAUAAAAUACAAAUAACCGCAAAUAAAUAUAUAGAGAUAAAUACAUAUAAUUACAUAAAAGAUUACAUUAGUAUACACGUAGAAUUUAAAUACCUAUAAAUGCAUAUAUAUUAAAAUUCGACAUGUAUAUUUAAGUAAUCUUUUAAAAUAAUUAUGUGAUUUGAUUAAUUAAAAUUUGAUUGACAUGCCUAACAACACAGGGAGAACGUGCAGAGAAUUUAAUUCACAAGCACUAUAUCUGACCCUGUAACUCUCCAAGACUCCAUAAAACCUGUACAUAGGGGGUACUGUUUUACUCGGGAGACUUCACUGAACUCAAAUAUUAGUGUUUAAAACUGGUAAAUUGUAUUACAACGAUGAUAUUUUAAGUAAAAGUGAAGUUUUUUGUAUUUUUCACAAACGAACUUCAUGUUUAUGGACUAUAUUAUUGUUCUAAUAUUCUUCACUGUUUUAAAACACUAAUAUUUGUGUUUAGUGAAGUCUCUUGAGAAUAACAUUACCCCCCAUGUACAGGUUUUAUGGUGUUUUGGAAAGUUAGAGAGUCACAUAUAAGGCUUGCAUUUCAUUUUGUUGACAUUGAAAUUUGCCAGAUUGGUUAUGUUGCCUUUGAGACCGUAUAGCAGCCUAGGAAUAAGAAUUACCCCCAUGAUGGCAUACCAUUUGCAAAAGUAGACAACCCAAGGUAUUGCAAAUGGGGUAUGUCCAGUCAUUUUUAGUAGCCACUUAGUCACAAACACUGGCCAAAUAUUAGUUUUUUGCUUUUUUCACAAAAAAACUAAUAUGAACGCUAACUUUGGCCAGUGUUUGUGACUAAGUGGCUACUAAAAAAGACUAAACAUACCCCACGUUCAAUACCUUGGGUUGUCUACUUUUUCAAAUGGUAUGCCCUUAUGGGGGUAAUUCUCAUUCCCGGGCUACCACACUGUCUCAAAUGUAACAUUACUAAUCUGGCCAAUUUCAAUGUAAAAAUAGAACGUUCUAUAUUUGACCCUGUAACUUUCCAAAACACCAUAAAACCUGGUAAUGGGGGGUACUGUUGUACUUGUGAGACAUCGCUGAUUACAAAUAUGUGCAUUAUUUUUGCAGUAAAACCUAACAGUAUUAUGACAUUUACAGCUAAAAUGUGAGGCGGAACUACAAUUUUUUUUUAAAGAUUAAAAUUUCUCACAGUUUUUUACAUUUUAUUCAUAAUAAAUUGUUUCAUAUAUAAAUAUUUUAUAUGAAAUGAAAGCCCUGUUUCCCCUGAAUAAAAUGAUAUAUAAUGAGGGUGGGUACAUUUAAUAUGAAAGAAGUGAAUUACGGUUGGACAGACAUGUAGCGCAAAUGCCAGGUUUUGUUUACAUUUUGUUUUGUUCACAACGUGUACAUUUGGCUCUGUCCUUAAGGGGUUAAUAAAAGAAAUUAAAAGAUAAAAAAAAUAUAUAUUUUUAUUAUUAUUUUUUUUUUUUUUUUUAUUUAACAAUGUACAAACUAUAUUCCCCCUAUUUGAGUAUUCUUGUUUGCGGAGACAUCUGGGAUAACUUUCAUGUGGUAUAUUCCUUGUUUAUUUGCUCAUUUAUUAAUCAUUAGAGUGUCAUUGUUGCUAAUAUUUGUCUCACAUAUUUUUCACAUUAGUGCGCUGUGCACCAUUUUUGUAUUGUUGGAAUUUAUUUGUGAUAUUGGUUGAUUUCACGGUGGAGAUUGGCAGCACCGAUCCUUGUGUUCACAUAGUGCUUUUAUACUACACAUGUGCUGUUUUUAAUUUCUGACAGGUCUAUUCAUGCUAGUAAAGAUUUGUUUAUGUUGAUGUGAAGUUCUCCGUAAAAAUACGUUUAGCUUUUUCCGUUUUGUUUUGUUUUUAUGAAGGAUGACGACUGUCAGUGACUGGAUGAUUAUUGCAUUUUUACCUGCCCUGAGGUGUAUCUGUCAACUUAAACUUUAAGAAUAUUUUAGACAUGAAGCUGUGUGAAUUAAAGACAGCCUUGUGGACAGUAGGAUCAAAGUAGCUGUGGGAAGUCACCGGCUAUAAAAGGGGUUAUUUCUGAGUAUUAUAUUUAGAAGUUGGUGGAUGUACCACUUCCCUCUAUGGUUGAAAUACCAGGUUCCUUUUUCUACAUAUGCAGCACCUUAUAACAUAAAAGUGGUCAAUUCCUUUCGUCACUAUUGUUUUCUCCAGCUUUGUAAUCUCUGGUUUUGCAAUGUAGAAAAGUAAAUUUAUAUUCAAGGAAUGAGAUUUAACCAGAAUAGUUUGUAAACUCCCCACUGUUACUAAAAGGCAGUAAAUGUAUUUCUGUGUUGUUUUGUUACCGUAAAAUGAAAACCUCAACAUACAUCUGUUACUGCUAUUUGCAAUUACAGCUUGCGCAUAUAGGCCUGUACGGUUAUGAAGGUGUUUUUUUUAAAAGGGCCCAUUUUUCUUGAAAUUGGCACUUUUAAAAAAAUAAGCCUGCAGGGACAUGCUGAAGUGCUUUAGGAGACUAGUGUCCUUUUAAGAUCAAUGUAGGACGAAUGAUGGGGUACAUUAACGCAGUGGUGUGUUUAAACCUGGCAUAGCCAUGUGCUGUGACUAAAUAUUUAUAAAUGUUGCUUAGAGAACAUUUUAAGGAGCCUUGUAAGCUAUUAUAUUGUUCUUGUUUGUGUGCGCUGUUCCCUUAAAAUAUAUUGUGGUACAGCAGCAGCACUAUUAAGUAAAGAAUGUUCUUGGUGUCCCCCAUACACCAAAACUCACUCUUUAAUGUGGUAGAUGUUCGUUUGUACGAUCUAGUGGCCCUCACUUCUCUCUUAUUUUCUCUGUUGCAUAAGAGUAUUAGCAUUAUAGUCCUCACUAAUUACAGCACUAUGUUUAUUAAACAAGACCAUAUGAUCUUUAACACCUUCACUACCAAAUUAUUAAAGAGUAAUUAUAUACAUUUAUCUAAUUCUCUUUUUCAUUUAAUCGUUUGUUUUUUGUUUUAUUUUGUUUUUGAGAUGUUGCCAGGAUAAAACAUUUUAAAAGUUAUAUUGUAUCCCUUAUCUUGCAGGAAUUCACAAAUGGUUGGAAAUAAUAUUGUUGAAGUAGAAGUACAAUUCUUGCUACAAACCUAUUUGAGUGAUAAGAUACAUAAACUCAAAUAGUCCAAUACCCUCCUUAUAGGUAUUUGGAAAUAAACAAAUAGCAAUUCUGGGAUUGUAGCUUCCUACAAAUCUUUCCCCAUUUAAAAUGGCAGCAUAAUAUAAAGCAAAUACACCAAGCAUCUGUGCAAUACAGAGCAUUUCAUGGUACUGUUGCAAUCUGCAAAAAAUCCCUGUAGUGGGCCCACCACAGUCUAACCUCCAUCCUUCUCCUUUAUGGACUGCUAGAAUAUAUACCUACAAAGUUGCUGUAGAGUGGGAUUUGAGCGGGUGAUUUCUGUACAUGUUAAAAUUCAGUUUUGUGUUGCUAGGCCAAACAAACAUUAGCAAGUACAUGUUGUUGGAAAGGAAAAAUCACAAAGCGGUUCUGUCACCUUCACUCACUUAUAGAGUCUUUGUGAAAUACUGCUGUUGACAGCUUUGGAAUUUCAUUGGCAUUCUAACUCUGUCAAAAAUUAUCUUAAAGGGACACUAUAGUUGCCAGAACAACUACAGCUUACGUUUAGUUGUUCUGAUGAGUAUGGUCUGUUUCUGUAUGCUUUUAGUGUAUUGUUCGGACAAAAGACAGUGUUUACAUUGCUGCCUAGGGAAACCUCCCUGUGGCAGUCACUCAGAUGGCCACUAAAGGUGCUUCCUGGUUCAGUUCUGCACAACGUGCAGCAAUGAUUUUCAGCAUCUCCAUGCUCUGCAUAGAGGCACUGAAAAUUCCCCAUAGAGAAGCAUUCAUUCAUUGCAUCUCUAUAAGGAGAUGCUGAUUGGCCAGUGGGUAGUUUGGCUCCCCCCCCCAACCUCCUCUUUGGCUGAGAUCAUCAGAAUUGACUAUCUCAGCCAAGGAGUCGAUUGGGGUCAGACCCACAUGGAGCUGGGAUAAAGGGGAUAUUUUUUAUCUUAUUUAAAUGGAGGGAUGGUUGGCUACCUAAACAGUUUUUAUUUUGUUUUGUUUUUUUAGCACUAUUAGCUCAGGAAUACAUGUUUGUAUUCCUGACCCUACAGGGUUCCUUUAAGACAAAUUAGGUACUACCGUGUCUUAUUGUAAAGACAGAGCUUGAAAAAAGCGGAAAUACUACUAUCCGUUGCAACAUUCGUUGCUCCAGAUGGUCAGUUGAAGAUCCAGAAGUCUCAUAGAAUUGUCCAUAGACUUCUUGUACUCAUGGGGGAUCCUGGUAGAUGAAGCUUCACCGUGAGCUGCUGCCCCCUAAGCAGAUGUGUUGCUUUUGGGGUCUCUGAUAAAUACACAAAGAUCCUCAAAAGUGAUAGCUGCUUUAAAGGGGAACCUGUAGUCCAAAAAUAACAAUCAUUAUUUUAGGACUAUGUUUCCCUUUUCUCCACCUUCCUUUUGGCUUAAAAAAAUUAUAUAAGUUAAACAAGAUAACUCACCUGAUUUCCAAUAGGCUCCACUUCUGCAGUUGCCCGCCAGGCCUAUGAUGACAUUAUUGGAUUUGAUUGCAGCAUUUGCCAAGUUCCAUUCCUACAAUCAAAUGCUACUAUCAUUGGCAUCUGAUUUCAGCAAAAAUUCUCACUGUGUUCUGGAGCAGGAAUCACCUCUAGUGGCUGUCAGGAAGACCGUUUCGUUAACCCAGUAAUUGCAGUUUCUUCAAGGUUAAAAUAGCAGGACCACUGCAUUAAGAUGAAAUGGUUUGAGAGACUUUAGUUUUCCUUUUAAGAUUGCCAUAGAUGGUGGAUUUCAAAUCAAGCUAACAUAGGUAAUCAACAUGAAAAUAUAUAUAUUUUUUUCAAUUUGUAUUUUGAGUGUUCACACACAAAAACACAACUGUAUCAUAGUAGGAGAGUAAUAGGGUGGUACAAACAUUAGUACAUCUGUGAUACAUCAGUGACAUUUUAGUCAGAAUAUGCUUUACGACAUAUUUAUGCACAAUAUAGGGGUAUGCCUUAAUAAAGGGACCUCCAUUGGGUUGCAUUAUAGGCUAGUGUGGUCUGUUUCAAGGUAUCAUCCCUCUGUCUACCGGGUAACACUGAUGGACAGGUUAGAGACAUGUUAAACUAAACUAGUGCACAUAACAAAGGUAUAGUGAAACUUAAUGUAACUUGUGUCAUUUGUGCUAACCUAUGCGUCGGUCAAAGGUCGGCUAGCUUCCUUGUGCCCUUCUUUAGGGAGUGGACACAGGGUAGUCGGUGUCAUGACUUUGUGUGUGGGGUAGGGUGCGUCAGCGGUGCGUGCUGGUUUUGGCCUUAUGGGCCUGACCUGGGUUUGCGUCUGUCACCUGUAGACGUUGGUGAAAUGUCGCCUGGUCACCAUCGGGAGGCAAGGUGAGUAUUUCCUCUCCUCUCUGAAUCACAAAUGAUCCGUCUGCUCUCCACGUACACUUGAUCUCUGCCUCCUGCAGCCGUCCAGCGACUGGGCCUAUUUUCCGUUUUGCUGCUAGCACAGCAAAAGGGAGGUCCCCAUAAAUAGCUACUGUGUGCAGCCCUCGAAGCAAACACUAUUAAGCUCUCUUGAGCGGGACAAGAUGGCAGACCUAGCCGCAAUGUCUUUAGUAACGGCAAUGUCGUCUCUGGGCACCUCCGCUGGGGCAGAAGCGGCUUUCCGGAUCUGGAAUGCCGAUGUUACCAUCUCUGGUGCAGCACCUUGUUUGUGGGUCAGCAAGCGGUGGAGGAAGGGUAUGAGAUCAUCACCUGAGAUCCGUUCCGGUACCCCUCUGAGACACAUAUUUUUCUUCCUGUGCCUUGACUCCAACACCGUCACAGUCUUGGUAAGCUUCUGGACUUGUUGGGCGAGGUCUUGGAUCUCCUCAUGAGCGGUCUGUAACCGGUUUUCCCUUUCUCCAUUCCUGGACGCCACUGCUGUGAGUCUUAUCUCUAGAGUCCCCAGCUCAGCUUGUGUUGCCCGCAGGUCCGCUUUCCACACCUGCCUCAUUUCCGUCAAGAGGCAUUUGAUGUAUUUUUGUUGCUGGCAGAGAGUCUUCAUCAGAGUCGGACUCGCUGUUGGUGCAGCUAGCCGGUUCCCUGUGGGUUGCCCUGCAUCUUGCGAUGUCUCUGAGGCCUCAUGCUCCUUCUGCACUGCAGGCACCAUCUUGGAAAUGGCCCGCGAGGUAGGCCUGUCAAACAAGAGCCUGAUAUCAGGCAGUUUUCAGGUCUCCGGUACAUUUAAAAAAAAAAAAAAAAUGUUUUUGCCCUGUAAUGUGGACUGGGAGGCGGUAGGUAUGUCAGUGCCUGUGGGAGCUGACAUACACCCUCCCCCCCCCAACCCCGUUGUUUGCUUCUUUUAAACAAGUCAUUGUUACAUUGUUGGCUCACACCUAUUUUCAUGUAUCUUAUAAAAACUUUUAAAAUAUGUUGACCAUCAUAUUGGAAAUAUCACGAUCACUAACCUUUGUACAAAUAGUUUUAAAGAUGAAUUUGUAGGCCCCAGAUUAGUGUGUUUGCAUUUUCCACUCUUGUCCUUACGUGUCAAAAGGACAUGAGAAAUUCCUAGUCUUGUAAUCCCUAGAGAAGAGUUUCUGGGGUCUCCUCUCCGUUCAGCUCGGAAUAAAGAUGGAAUAAUUGCAAAUUCCCAUAAUCACAUGCCAAUUGGUAAUUUCUCACAAUGUAAAAUUCAAAUGCAUGUUUGGCUUAAUUUAAGUUUCUACACUUUUUUUUCCCCCUCAAAUAUAUUUUAUAUAUGCAGUUAUUUUCCAAAAUAACAUUUACCAACUUAAUGCAAAGUAGCUGUGAUAACUUAUACAUUUCUAUUGUAAAUAAGACCAAAGAAAAUGUUGUCUCCUAGCAUUAAGCAAGAACAAAGUUGAUAGUGUGCUGACCCCCCCUGCAGGAACACCUGCUUAUUACCAGUCCAUUGCAUGACACAAUAAUGUAGUUUUAGAAUGAUCGAAAGUUCACAAUGGUAAGGUACACAUACAUUUUGUUCUUAAUGGAUGUAUAUGGAUCUUGGCUAUUAAAGAAGCAUAUAGAAAUCAUUGGUCCAUAUAUAUAUGAAUGUUCUCUGGUCUGUAUAGGAGUUUACUUGUGUGUGUAAGUACAUCUGGGUAGACCUUGUUGAGAAAAGGAGAUUUUUUCUUUGAGAUUUGAGCUGGUGAGAAUGUUCUUUGGUUGCUCCUUGCUAGUUGUUUAUGCUGGAUGCUCUUUGAAGGUCUCUUUUUCUAUAAGAGUUACCGUAAAUGUAGGAAGAACGAUCCACUGUCUGCACCUUGCUACAGUGGCACAUAAAACUGUUGCAUUCUAUGCAUACUCUUUAUCACGCGAGCUCGUCAAAUCAAAGUAACAUUGAGCUGCACAAGGUAUAUCUGAAAAUAAAUAGAAAUCCAGUAAUAAGGGGAAACUUUCCAUUUAUGGUUUCAAUAAAUAAACAAAAAAAAGAGUCAAGGCCUGUUUCAAGCCUUAUACCAUGUAUAGCAGCAUCAUUACCUUCCUCCAAAGUGUUUAAGAGAUCAGCUGUGUAUCAGAGAUGGCUGUUAGUUUAUUUACUGGGUUUCAGUUAGAACCAGAUUUGGUUUUUCUUAGCUGCAGUGUGUGGACAGGACAUAAUCUUAGUUAAGAAAGCAAUUUAUUUUUUUCUGCAGAGAGUAGAGGCAGGAUGUCACAACAGCAAGAAGACAUUAAAGUCUAGCAAUGGAAUGUUUGAAAUGAAUCCAGCAUCUAAAUCUUAAACAGCUGAGGAGCAUCCGGCUUUAUCAAGACACAUGGAUUAAAAUCUCCAUAUAGUUAAAGCGUUUCUCCUUUUAUAAUCUCCAUAUAUUUAACAAAAGCAAAAAGAAAUCCUGCUGUGAAAAGGUAAUUAAAUAAAUAAAAAGGGGAAAAGUUAACCAGAUAGUUCACUAACUUUAGGAACUUGAUAGGUAUGUUGCUCGAUCGUGCCUUGUAAAACCGGUCCAGCAGUAGUUAAUGGGGUAAAUAGUUUAUCCUUCGCUGCAGUUCCUCUCAUCACGCAGGAUGAGUGGAAAUCCACAAUAAGUGGAUAGCAGCCGUACGGCUGAUGCUCUCAUUGUAAACACCAGCCUGGUUCACUGUUUAAUGAAACUGAAUGUGUGAAAAGUUUGGCUGAGCCACCACCCUGGCAUUCUUGUAGCCGUGCCUCGCCCCAGGGGUUACAAAUUACUGUGCUAGUGCACACACUGAUUGAACAAAUUGAAGAAAACAAUAUUCCUUUGUUAUGGAGGGCAAAGUCUAAUUGAGACAUCAAUAUUUACAUAUUGCUGCAGUAAGCCACUCUCGACCAGGAGAAGGAUAGGGUUUUCACCAUAACAUUUGCAUGUUGCUAGCUGCUAUGCUGCUUAAAGCAGGCCUGCACAACCUGCAGCCCCUCAGAUGUUCUGAACUACAAUAAUUCCCUGGCUAUUAGUUUUAUUAAAAAUAACCAUAGGCUUUGUAGUUCAAAACAUCUGGGGCGGGCAGCAGGUUGUGCAGGCCUGGCUUAGAGUAACACCUUAAGAAAAGCAAUUUUUGUCUGUGUAUGUUAUAUUCAAAUGUAAAAAGUGUACAUGGACGCCCUGCUUGCACUCAGGCGUACGUUUAUAAAGCUAAGUCAGAACGGAAACCGUAAAGGCUAGGUAAGUGCAUGCAAUUUGGGGAAAUUCUUACUUCUUGGCAGUUGUAAUGUGUAAGAGUUGUUUGACAAACGGAGUACAAUAUCACAUUUGUAUUGUUUGUAAUUUUCUGUCACUUCCUGCCUGGUAACGGUUUUCGUCUGUAAUCUCACACUCCUGUCAUCCACAUUUAUCUAAUAUUAUUCUUUCUGAUUUCUCACUUUGCCCUAUUUACAAAGGUACCAAUUGUCUGAAAUUCCUUGCUCCAUGUUUUUUCUAGUAGUGGUACGUUACGGAUUAUAUGAGCAUAGGCUUGUCAGUUGCAUCUGUAUUUUAACAGUGAUUACCUGUAAUCCAUAUAAGCUUUCAUUUACUUGUUCUUCCGCUUUACCCUGGAAGUGUGUUUUUAUUCCCCAGGAAUGCAGUCUCCAUAAAUAUGUAGAAAAUGCCCAUCUACUUGUAACAGCAAGCAACCAUGUUUCUGGUUCCUCUACCUCCACCUGUCCUGACUAAUAAUGUGCAUAUAUUCUGUCAGGAUUAUUCAGUAAAGUCAAUUUCAAAUUUAAGGUCAAAUAGCUGAACUUGACAAAUUAAGCUAUGCGUUCUGUUUAGUUACUCUGGCCUUAAAUGUGAAAUUUACUUUAUAAAAAAUAAAUAAAAUAAAUAAUCCUGCAUGUGUAUCGGGGAGUCAUAAUUUGAAGUAAUCCAAUGGUUUCUUUCUUUAUUAGGUAUUGGAAAAGUGAAACGGAAAACAAAUAUGCCAGAUUCUUCAUCAACAGCUGAUGAUAGCUUCCCAGACACAGAGCGGUUAUAUGACUUGAACAUGCCCGCAUAUGUUAAAUUUACGUACACCGCAGAGAGGGAUGAUGAGCUGUCUUUGGUAAAAGGCACAAAAGUCAUUGUAAUGGAAAAGUGCAGUGAUGGCUGGUGGCGGGGAAGCUACAAUGGACGCAUGGGCUGGUUUCCUUCAAACUACGUGACCGAAGAAAAUGAUAGCCCCUCUGGUGACCAAGUGGGCUCCUUAACAGAGAAAUUGGCCGCAGUUGUUAAUAACCUUAACAAUGGUCGUUCACUCCAUGUAGUUCAGGCUCUUUACCCAUUUAGCUCAUCCAAUGAGGAGGAACUUAAUUUUGAGAAGGGAGAAGUAAUGGAUGUUAUUGAGAAGCCAGAAAAUGAUCCAGAAUGGUGGAAGUGUCGGAAGAGCAAUGGUCUUGUAGGUCUGGUGCCGAAGAACUACGUUACUAUCAUGCAGAACUUUCAAUCCAGUUCAGGUUAUGAGCCUUUACCACCUCGCUGUGAUUAUGUUGGACCCUCUGCAUCUGGAAGAUUUGCUGGCAACCAAUGGUAUUAUGGAAAGGUGACACGACAUCAAGCAGAAAUGGCACUAAAUGAACGUGGAAAUGAGGGAGACUUUCUUAUUAGAGACAGUGAGUCUUCAGUAAGUAUUUGUGUUCACAUUUUUAUACUACUUGUAAAUUGUGUUUGGUUUCUUGUGAAUAUGCAUUUUGUGCUUCCUGAAAGAGAAAAAAUAAAUUUUACAAUUAAGUAGAGAUUUGUACACGCUUUGUACAUUACUGAUACAGAACAUUACAGUGUUGGUUGUUCAUACACUAGAGUAAAAUUACAUAAAAAAAAAUAAAUAGUACAUUUAUUUGUGCUCCGCUACACCACUGCCUAAAUACAGUGAUAAUCGUACAGACUUGUUACUGAGAGCAAGACUCAAGCAGUGGACCCAGGUUGAAGACAUAUGUUAGUUUAGUUUAUGAUUAUGGGACCAUGUCUUUUCGUAGCUUAGCAUUCCACCAAUUAAAAUUUCCUCCCCAAACACACCCAACACUAGUCACAAAUGUCUCUACCAUUCUAAAUCUGGAGGCUGGGUGAGGCCUCUUGCCCUUGAAGGAGCCUCGACCACUGGACGCAGCACCCAUCUAAAACCCUCUGACCUGGUCAAGAGCUAAUGAUCUCAGGGAUGCUUAUAAUGCCAUCGUUCUACCCACUCAUACUGGUUCUAUAUCAUAUGUAAUAUUGAAAAGUACAAAUAAAUAAUAAAUAAAAAAAAUCGCCAAAAAUAUAUAUUUAGGACUUUGAUCCAGUAGUUUUCAUAUGUGAACAGAUUCAGAUUUUUAAAAGAUUCCAUUAGUUGGUGGAGUAAAUGGUAGUGUUUAAUCUCCAGAUGUCUAACUUGUUUUAUAUCUGUACAGAAAACAGGAUAUAUGCUGGAGCUUGUGAGGCAGCCAUUUUGUCACACUCUUAUUUUCCUGUUAUGUCUUAACUGUCUUAGUAACUACACAUAUUCACAAAGGAUGUGACAAAAGCCUUUAAAGUGGCAGCCUGCCAUAGUUGGAGAAGUCUAUAUUUACUUUAUAUUUUGCUUUAACACAAAGCUCGGAACAAAAUCUUUUUCUAGGUUUUCUUUUUAAGCAUGCUGAGGUGCUUCAUGGCUGUAGAUUGGUCAAUUAAUAACAGUACACCACAUAAUUGUGGGUUGCAUCGGCAGAAAAUGGACAAUUGCUGGCUAUUUCACUAGGGAAGCAGUCUAGCGAUAGUCAUUGAAUGGUUCUCAGGCUGCUAGAUCACCUUGGGAGGCAGUCACAAUAAUCAAUUGCAUUAACUGUCGGUUAAGACAAUAUGAUCACUGUGAAUGGCUCUCUCAGCUACACUUAGCUUGCAGGCCAGAGUUCAUUGUUGGGAUUCGGAUUAGGGUUACCUGGUAUCUGGCAUAUAUAGUAGGGUACAUACACAUACUGUAAAAUUUGCCAGAAAAUAGUGUGAAAAAUCUAAAAGAUUAAAUAUUAUUUUAUUUAUUUAGCCCCAGCAAAUUCUUUAGCGCUGUACAAUGGGACCAGCAGAUGUGGCAGAGGUUGGUUGUGAAAUAGUUCAAAUCAAUGUGCCAAAAUGCUCUUGAUUAAAUACCCGAGGGGGUCGGCUUUUUACAAAUAUAUAUGAAAUGUGUAUCUGUUUUGGAUUAUGUGACUGUUGUUGUCGUAGAUUGGAAAAAUUAGCAAUUUUCAGUCAGGAAUAAUAAAUAAUCUGUUUUGAGGGGUGUUAUUUGGGUUAGUUAUAAUAUUUGUUUAGCAAUUGUAAACAAUAUGUGCUUUUAUAGGAAAGAACUAUAUUAGAUAAAAAUCUAAUAGAAUAUCCAGGAAUGGUUUACGUUAUGUACCUUUAAAUCUCGUUAAAAUAAUAAGACUAGUAUUGUGGUAAUAAUUGCUAAGAGUUGCAUAAAAAUAUAUAUAAAUAAAUUAUUCAACAGAGCAUUAACAGUAAUGUCCGAUUGUUUGCAAAUUUAAAAAGAAAGAAGAAUAAAUUGUCCAAUUAGUAGCAGUCUUUAAAAUAGAUGCAAUGUAUCAAAAAGUAGCAGCAGUCUUUUAAGUUGUAAGCUGACUCAGUUUACUCCAGUUAUAGAAGAACUGGUAUUUGGAUACUGAGUCAGUUAGUAUGCUUUUAGUACAAUAUUAUAAAUGGUCCUAGUAAAUAAUAAUUGUACCUGUGUUAGAGUAACAAAUAUAAAAUUUCAUUGAUAGGUCAUAGUUGGUGACCCUCAAUCAAAUAUUCAUUUAAUUCACCAUAAAAACUAAAGUGCUGAAAUAGUUAAAAUAUCCAAUAUUUAUUACAAAGAAUCAAAUUAAAAGCUAUAUGUGGCACUCACACUUCGGUAACAAACUUCUUGCCCGGUUGCAAUUAGGAAGCUUGGUGUAUGCAGCAGUUACAGUCCGAUCACCAAAUGAAUGGAUGAGCGGACUCUCCGUGAGCCGCGUGCGUGUCAUUGUUUUCUUCCUACGUUCAAAGGCAGUGUAAAUUUCAAUAAAAAAAAAAACUUCUUGCUCGUUUGCAAUAUGCAGCAAUUACAGUCCGGUCACCAAAGGAAUAGGUGAGCGGACUCUCCGUGAGCCGCGUGCGUGUCACUGUUCCUGCGUUCCAAGGCAAUGGAGCUGUUUUACGAUAGGUGCCAAAAAGCAAUGAGUGUAGUAAAAAAGUCGUCCUUACGCGUUUCGUGAGAAAGGUCUCACUUCAUCAGAGGCACCUGUCGUAAAACAGCUCCAUUGCCUUGGAACGCAGCAACAGUGACACGCACGCGGCUCACGGAGAGUCCGCUCAGGUGAUGUAUGCUGGGAACUUCAAUGGCAUGCACUCACAUAUCAUUUGUAGCUCUCCCCUUGAUGGUUAUAUCUAACCGUAUGCAGUGCUGCUAGCAUUUUAGAUUCCUCUGAUUACUGAAUAGGGAUCAAAAAUUUACAAUACAAAAAUAAAUAAUUAACACAAAACUCUUCAAAGGUUGAUUCCACUGCUCAUAAAAACACAUUGGCUUUACACACUGCGGUGACCAGCUUUACAAUACAACCAACUGUUAAUAUAAACCACCAAACAUAUUAUAAACGGUCAGUAAAUGCAAGCAGUGUCGCCAAUGGGAGGUAUGGAUUGGAAAGCGUGUGUGUGUCUGUAGAGUGUAUGUACAUGUACAGUAGUAGUCACAUUCAGGUUUUUUUGCCCAUAUGUUUCAAAUAUUAUAGGAGUAAAAAUACUUGAUUUGCCUAGUUUAAUUUUACUACACAGAAAGUGAUAUUUCAACAGCAAUGCCGAUUUGUCCCAUCAGUAUUAUGUGAUACAGCUUGAUGUAAUCAAGGAAAUAUUGCAUGUCUCAUUUUAUUUCUUGUGAUAGAUAUCCAAAUUUUCUUUUAAUCUCAUGCUUUAUUCCUUUCUUUUAAAGCCAAAUGACUUUUCGGUGUCCCUGAAAGCCCAAGGAAAAAACAAGCAUUUCAAAGUGCAGAUGAAAGACAGUGUGUACUGUAUUGGCCAGCGCAAAUUUACUACAUUGGAGGAAUUGGUAGAACAUUACAAAAAGGCCCCUAUAUUUACCAGUGAGCAGGGUGAGAAACUCUAUCUAAUCAAGCCUUUGUCUUGAGGAUGCAAUGUGGAAAUGAGGGAAGGAUUUCCAGGAUUGGUGCAUUCACUGAACGACUGAAAAGACGACGGCUGGAAGCCACGGAACGUACCAAAGGCAUCUUUUGGCCCAGUAGCAAUCCUCCUAUAUCACUAUUCCCAAGUCCCAACUGAGAUAUUUUCCCCUUUUAGAAUUUAAUUCUUCUCUAUUAUUUUUAUUUGCCACCACACUUUCUGUGCAGUUUCUCCACCCCCUUUCUUUCUACAUUAUGCCUUAUUAUUGCAACAUAUCAGAUUCGGUGUAGAAUUGUGUAACCUUCUGUAAUCAAUUAUGUCCUGAGCAAUGUGACUGUGGAUUGACAAGAAAAGAUCAUGUCUGAUAUCUAGCAUCUACAUGCUGCUUCGUUUGGGUAGGGGAGGGGCUCUUCAAGUAUAUGUUGGGUUUUUCCCUUCAUUCCAUGCUAUGAACUAAGAAUUUUAAAAGUCCGCCUGGAUCAAAUGCUGUUCUCACUGUGGAAAUGCUGUCUUCGGUUUCACAACCCCUAUCAGACUGUACAUUAUGUCAGCUACAGAAGUGGGAUGUGUGCUAACUGUCUUCUCUUCUUGUUAUUAUCCAAGACAUUUCAUAUUUAUUUGUUUAAAAAAACAAACCUUUGAUUACAUUUCAGGUGGACUGUUCCUUAAAAUGUUUUUAAUACUUAGGUUGUUCAUAUGUUUAGCUUUAUAUGGCCUUAUAGGAGACUUUUAAAACAAUGCAGUCUGCUGUUAUAAGAACAGACUUGUGAAUGUGCAGGUAUAGAACUAGAAAAUGCCUGUCUCUACAAAUACAAUAAAGACUCUUACUUAUUGAACUUCCAUAUGAUCCUCCAUUGUGCUCAAUUGAUCUGAAUGUACUGGUUCCAUAUUCAGCUCCAUGUAGCAUAAGAUUUGGUAUUCCAUUUGGUAACAUGUAUGUGUAUAGGAAUUUUAAAUACAGGUGUAGACUGUUCAAGCCAUUCGACAAUUAAGGAGUACCUGCAUGUAAUGUAAGAUUGCUCCUUUAAGAGCAGACUUAAGAUAUAUGGCCAUAAGGUAAACCAGGCGCUGUCUGAAUAAUUCUUAUUGAAUCUUGUACCAAUAAAAGCACACAUUUAUAACCUGUGCUACUGAUGUGGUUUGACAUUGAAUGGUAAGAAAAUAUACUGUACCUCACCUUAAAAACUUUCAGAGUUAUUCAAUAAAGUGAGGCAUUUUGAGAAUUUAACAUUUAAGGCUUAAUCGGAAGCAUAGCUGACAGACGAUAUUUCUUGUUUGACUAUUGUUACCUCUAAUUUGAUAUUCACUUUGAAUUCCUGACAUUGCUCACUUUGUGAAUAGCCCUCUUUAUGUUAUAUGUGAUGAGCAAUUAAACAAUAUGCUGUGUUAUACAUGUGACUAGAAACUGUGGCCAAUUUAGAGACACUGACAGAGUGCCCUUGCAUAAUCAUUCAUGGACAAAAGAAAAAUCAAGCACUUAACUUUCAGGUAUAAAGAACACCUCUUUAUUAAGUAGAAUGUGAUGAGACUGAUAACAUGAAGUACAUUGCAUUAGUGUGUUCUGUAACCGGUUAGCUGCCAAAGCCAAAUAUCCUCCUAAACUAUACAGCUAAAGUUGUCCUUCCUUCCUUUGUCCUUUUCCUUCCCUCCCUUCCUUUUAUGCCCCCACACACUGGCACGUUGUAAACCAAUGUUCACUUUCAAUUCAUACAGUGACCCACAAUGCCUGCCUUUGUAGAUUAAUUUUGCAUUGCAUUCGUGUAUUGGAGGUUCAGCUAACCAACAGUUCAAAGUGAAACACAAAAGUUUAAAGGGACACUAUAGUCACCAGGACAACUAGAGCUUAAUGCUUCCAGUGGCAGUCACUCAGACAGACACUAGAGGUGCUUCCCGGGUCAGUCCAGCACAACGUUCAGCGCUGAACAUUCCUUAUAGAGAUGGCUUGAUUCAAUGAUGAUUGGCCAGCGUGGCAUUAACCUCCCAAUGCUUUCCUAUUAGAAAACAUUGGAAUAGCUGAGAUCAGCAAUUCUGAUGAUCUCAGCCAAGGAGACUGAUUGGGGUUGAGCCAGUGCUGGCAGACCAGUGUGGUGCUUGAAUAAAGGUGAGUUUUAAAGGAGGGCAAGUGGGGACCAGCAACCUAAACAGUGUUUUUAAUACUAUAGGGUGAGGAAUUACACAUUCCUGACCCAAUAGUGUUCCUUUAAAGUUUAACCCCUUAAGGACCAAACUUAUGGAAUAAAAAGGAAUCAUGACAUGUCACACAUGUCAUGUGUCCUCAAGGGGUUAAGCUUAUUUUAUACACUCUGCUGGACCAUACACUAUUUCAACUUCCUUACAGACCUUUGUAGGGAUUGACAUGUUUAAGAGCCAUUAUAAGCUAUUUGUAACAUUUAGUACUAGUAAUUUUUAUCUAUAAUGUACACUUUAGAUGUUCCACAGGUUUUCUAAAUGUGUAAUGGAAAAUGUAACAUUUAAUUACAUGCCAUUCAUAUAAAUGUGAUCUUGGCUCAGUGCUGUGGUAUAUAUUGACUCCUGGCGUUCACAAACAUGUUACUUUGAGUUGUCAAAAGGUAGAGCUUUCAUUCUGAAGGCAUUGUGCAGAGAAUCAAUCUUUUUGCCACUCAUAAGUUUGAGUUUUCAAGGCGACAACUAGUUAUCAAAAUAGUGACUCAAGACAAGAUGGACAACUCUGGACCUUGUAUGUUCCUUUAUGAAGAUGGUUUGAACCUGCACCGUAAGGACUUCAGCUACCUUUUGAUUUAGAAUCCCAGGUGGUGGUUGUAAAAGAUAAGGUGUCUUGUAGCUGGUACAGGAAUUUGAAAGAUAGAAGAAGAUAUAUUUCUUUCAUUUUUCGUAAAACGAUCAUGGAGUUAAUAUUGUUCAUGCAGAUCUUCAAAAGGUAUCAGCAUGUUCUCACGUUAGAUUUAAUAUCUCUAGAAAGCAUGUACGUAAAACAUGAGUAACCGUUUAUCUUUAGUUCUUAUUUUACCUUGAAAGCAGUGGUGUCUACAUUUCUUUUUAUUUUUUUUUGUUCCAUCUAAGUCUUAAGUUUUUAUAUAACUGCACAGGAUUUAUUAAUAUCUGCAUUCACUACUGUAUACUGAAGUUUGUAUUUUGUAUGGCAUUUGAGCAUCAAUUGUUCCAUUCUAAUCGCAAUAUGUGUGGCAUGUAAAAUAAAUUUACAUAAAAGAAAAGU